GGCUUCUCUGACCCGGCAGGGCAGUUUGGGCAGGUAACCUGAGCCUUUGUCCCGCUGCAGAUCCGUGCAGAGAAGUUGCUGCGCACCUGACACAGGUAAGGGCAGCCGGGGGGUCUCUUCUCCUUGCAGUUACUGUAUAAAAGCUUCUCCUUUGGAAAGGUGAAGCUGUUGUGGUGCUGUCAACAGAAGAGGUGUGUGAAUUUGUGUGUGGGAGAGAGAGAGAGAUUGAGAGAGAAAGAAAGAUUGCAAUUCUAUCCCACUUUUUUUUCUCCAAGGAGCCGCAGUCGGCAUGCAUUGUUCUCUUCCUCCCACGACAACCCUGUGAGGUAGGUUAGGCUGAGAAUGAGGAGCUGUCCCAAGGUUACACCCCAAUGAGCUUCGUGGCUGAGCAGGAAUUCGAACCCUGGUCUCCCACAUCUUCAUCUGAUACUCUCCUUCUUCUUCUUUGGCGAUCCCUCGUAGCGGAGUAAGAUUGUCUUUCAUAAACACGGUUUUAACAAUGAGUCCGUAAGUGACUGUGGAGGCCAAUUCUGGAUCCACACAUCCUUCUACAGUGGGGACAUUGGUUUCUGGGCGAGAGUUGAUCAUGGUGAGGGUUUGCCAAUGGUGCCUUCCUCUUAGCACGUGUCUCCCUUGCGUCCUGGGUUCGAGUGUCUUCAAAGCCCAUGACACCUUUGGUAAAGGCUGUUCUCCAAUUGGAGCGCUCGCAGACAAGUGUUUCCCAAUUGUUGGUGUUUAUACUACAUUUUUUUUUUAGAUUUGCCUUGAGACAGUCUUUCAACCUCUUUUGUUGACCACCAGCAUUACGCUUUCCAUUUUUAACUUCGGAAUGGAGUAGUUGCUUUGGAAGACGAUCAUCAGGCAUCCGCACAACAUGACCAGUCCAACGAAGUUGAUGUUGAAGAAUUAUUGCUUCAACUCUGGUGAUCUUUGCUUCUUCCGGUACACUGGUAUUAGUUCACCUGUCUUCCCAAGUGAUGUGUAACCAUUGCACCACACUGUCUCCGCACUGAGAGAUGGUGUGUGUGUGUGUGUGUUCAGGACACUGCAGAUUUUGCUCCGAGUCCGAAACAGCUGCUUGCUGAGUAGGCCAGCACACUUGACACGCUUGGCCUGGCCUGCUUCACAGGGUGGAUGUGAGAAUAUAAUAGCGAUACUUUUUUGGUCGGGGGAGAAUCCAUACCCAAAUAUCAUGCAACGCCUUCUCUCUCUCCCCUCCCCAUUUAUUUAUAACUGAAUUAUCUCAUUUGAGCUUCACAACCAAACUGUGAGGUAGUUUAAUCUGAGAGGAAGCAGAUUAAGCGAUGAAGUUACAAAAAAAUUGUCUAGUGAGCUGUGUUGCUCCAUUAGGAAGAAUUCAAAAGUCACAGCGGAGUCACAGCUUGCUUGGGAUCAGCAAAAAAUAUCAGGCGAGCAUUGGGGUUCCUUGAGGUUGGAUAUUAAAGGAAACAAUAUGGCUUUUUAAGAUGGCAUGUGGGAGGGAGGGCAGAAAAACCUGAGGAUAGUGGAAAGGUCUGACGCUUGCAGCCAACCUAAACUGAGUACAGAGAGACUUAGAUCGUGCAAAAAAAUAAUAAUUCCAGGUUGGGCCAAGGGCUGUUGGGAGAAAAAGCAAAUUGUGCUGUCAACACAAAGAUUUCCACCUGGGCGAUGGAAAUUUCCUGCUUCUCCUGCAUGUGGAGGGCUUGGAGGGAGACCAAGAGCAGAUAUGGGGUGUGGGGGACUUGUUGCACAAGGCAAGAACUCAAAGAUAUCUGAGAAUGAAAUACUUCUUCAUGAAGUCGUAGAAUCGUAGAGUUGGAAGGGAUCCCAAAGGUCAUCCAGCCCAACCCCCUUUCAAUGCAGGAAUAAGUGCAUAGUUAACCUGUGGAACUCUCUGCCACAGGAGGCAGCAAUGGCCACCACCCUGGAUAGCUUUAAGGGAGGGUUUGACCAAUUCAGGGAGGAGGAGAGGGCUGCCGAUGGCUACGGUUGCAGCGAUGCUUUUGAAUAAUUGCCGGAAACUGCGGGAAGGGAGAGUUGCUCUUGUGUUCGAAUCCUGCUUGCAGGUUUCCCACUGAGGCAUCUAGCUGGCCAUUGUGAGAACAGCAUGCUGGACUAGAUGGGCCAUUGGCCUGAGCCAGCAAAUUCUCAUUCUUGUCCUUACAUUAUUCGGAUGCAAAAUGGCGGAGGGGGAAAAAUCCCAGUGUAUAUCCCAAGCUACAAUUCCGGAACUGGUGAGACGGGGACGCAAGCCAUGCUAUCCAAAUUGCCUCCUCUUCUCUUCUGAGCUCUGCUCCCUUCCACCGGCUGGCCGGCCGCUGGCCUCCUGCAGAGCUCAGCCUUGCCAAACUCUGGGACAUUGAAUAUUAGCUAAUGGCAGUGAGGCGGCUCUCCCUCCUGAGGCAAUAUUGCUAAGUGUUUCCCCUCCGGGGUCCCAGCCAGUGCCAGGAGAGCCUGCAGGCAGAGGUCACUCUGACUUUGCAGCAAGAGCCCACAAAAGGAUGCCAGGGAGAUGCUGAGACGCUUUGCAAGGGAAGGGGGGUUGUUGGCUGAAGGUGAACUCCGUGAGGAUGCGGAGAAUGGCAGGCAGGGGUGGCUGGGGUCUGAUGGGGAGCGAUGGAGGGGCACCGUCUAUGGAGGGGUCCAAAUAAAUGGCAUGCAGCCAGCCAGGCUUCAUCAUGUGCCUCAAAGAGAUUUUGCUCAAAGCCUGGUUUAGCUUGCUCUAAGGAGUGGCCUCAGGCCCAGGAUGUGAAUGUGCGAAAUGGGUAUAAUGCAGCCGGAAGGGGCCGGAGUUGAGGCUGGGCACCAGAACACGCUUUUGAUACCAGGACUCUGCUAAGGGGAGGAAAACAAUAGGAAAGGUGACAGUGCCUCUGAGCAUGUGCGGUGUACCUUGCCAGGUGAGCAGAGAGGGCUCAGUUGAACAGAAGAGGUCCAGGAUGGAAGCUCAUUCUGUGAUCCUGCUCAGGGGUGGGUCAUUUACACAAUGGAAAAUAUUUGCUGGGGCUGUUAAAUAAAUAGAUGCACGGAUUGCCUUGGACAUGUGUCUCCACGUGAUUUGCAAACAUACCAUAAAAAGAGCUAAAACAGUUUUGAAAACAGUGCAAACAACAACCACUAGAGGAGGUGACCAGUUGGAAAAGCUUUUUUGGGGGGAAAUGUCUUCAAAUUCUUUCUAGAAAGCGCAGAAAAGAAAGUCCUUUUUCAUGCAGUGCAGGAGGCAGGGUGGCCAUGAACCUAGAUUUUUUUAAAAAGAGCCUUAGACAAAUUCAUGGAGGAGGAGGACUGUGGAGAGUGUAUUAACUUAUGGUCUGUGUGUGUGGUUUGGGAGCUGCACGGUCAGGGAAAAAACAAUGCUGUCCAGGGUUGUAAAGACUGCAGAGAGAAUAAUUGGGUGCACUCUUCCCACCUUGGAUCAAAUCUAUGCUUCCAGGUGCCAUAAGAAAGCUGCAGAGAUAGCGCAGGAUAGUGCGCACGCCGGAAAUGAUCUCUUUCAGCUUCUGCGUUCUGGAAGAAGGUACAGGGUUAUAAAGACUAGGACUAGCCGCCUGAGAAACAGUUUCUAUCCAAAUGUGAUUUUGGUUUUAAAUGCAGUAUAAGGUAGUCUCUGUGGGAGUAUAUUGUAUUCAAUUAUGGGGUAUCAGAGUUUUUAGGGGGUUAACCAGGCUGGGAUAGCUGGGAUAGCAGGCUUGUGGGUUUUUGAAUGUCUGGUGUAGAUUUUUUCAGUUUCGUUGAACAAUGACAAUAAAGAUUAUCGUAUCGAGACCUUUGAAGGCUACUAGCCAGGAUGGUCCUGAAUGUGAGCGGCUGGAAGACACAGAAGGGGAAAGUGUUGCUCUUGUGCUCAGAUCCUUCUUGUGGGUUUCCUAACAGAGGCAUCAGCCCCUGUGAGAACAGGAUACUAGACUAGAUGGGCUACUGGCCUGAUCCAGCAAACUCUCCUUAUGUCUUUAUGGUGCCUGUUGUAUCUCAACGUAGACCCUGUUCCCCUAAACAGGGGAGGCCACACUGAGAGCCUUGCUCCGACUUCGGGUAGAGCAAGUUUCUGAUUUGGGAAACUUUCCAGCAGAAUGCAAUGACCUACAGGGUAUUUAGGUGGUUUCUCAUGUUACCUGGUCCUCAGCCGUACAGGGCCUUAUAUCCUAGUACCAAUACCUUGGAACCGAAAUCGCCUGAGAAGAGCUUGUCAUGACCGUGGACACCUGAAACACUAAGUUUGCCUUGGCUCUCCCCAAACAGCAAGGCCUUGUUUACCCAGGAAGGCGAUCGCUGAGUCAAUUCUGAGGUCCACACCCCUGAUAGCUAUUUCAGGCCACAGUUUGUUAGCAGAGAAUGGUCAGCCCCACCCAUCUAUGGGUGCCUAGCUCUGUUCUCAGGUAUGGUCAGUGGCAGGAUGGGAGACCUCGUGAUUGCAUGAAGUCACCUUUCUCUUAGCCAGUCCAUUGACCCAUCUAACCCAAUACUGCCUGCUCUGGCUGACAGAAGUUCAGUGGUCCCCAGCAGAGAAAGGUCAUUCGCAACCUGUAGUGCCUGCGAGUCUUUUAAGUGGAGAUGCUGGGAAUUUGAACCUUCUGGAUGAAAAGUAGAUGGAUCUCUGGGAAACGGCCUGGACCGACUGGCUAAACCAGGUGAGGGGAGUCGAUGGGUCUCAAACCAUCAGAGAAUUAAGGACUUCCCCUGCAUUCAAAGACAGACUGUGGAGUAUUGAGCAGAUGAGACCAAGAACAGGUCCAAUGGUCAAGCAGUUGGUUUCUGCAUGUUCUGUGCUGGAAAAUGAGGGAUAGAUGGGGCUCGUCCACCUGGGAAGGGAACCCAUCUAGGAGCAGAAAACCUCUGCUGCCUUGCUGCUACACCCAUUCAUGAGUGUAGACUUCAGGAUUAAACCCCAAGGAACAAUCCAUGCUGAAGUAUAGGUGGGUUCCCACGAGACAAGACGCAGCGAUAACAACAAGAACCUUCAUUGAACUGCAUAACUGGGAAGUGGGGCAAAGCAACUCGUACCUACGGGACCGCCUCUCCUGGUAUGUCCCACGGAGGACCUUACGGUCUUCAAACAAAAACAUCUUGGCGGUCCCGGGCCACAGGGAGGUUAGGCUGGCCUCAACCAGAGCCAGGGCUUUUUCAGCCGUGGCCCCUAUCUGGUGGAACGCUCUGUCCCAAGAGACUAGAGCCCUGCGGGACUUGAUAUCUUUCCGCAGGGCGUGCAAGAUGGAGCUGUUCCACCAGGCCUUUGGCCAGGGCACAGCCUGACCCUCUCCUUUGGCGAUCCUCACAGAACUCUAGCCCAAUGGUUGCCAUUAAUCUGAUUUGAAUUGAUUUUAUAAUGAAAUGAUUUUAGAAUGUUGUAUCAUUUUAACGUUGUUAGCCGCUCUGAGCCCGGCUUUGGCUGGGGAGGGCAGGAUAUAAAAAAUAUAUUAUUAUUAUUAUUAUUAUUAUUAUUAUUAUUAUUAUUAUUAUAUACACUCCUGGAAGCCUGGGCCACUCCCACUCCCAACGUGAUUGGCUGCCUAAACUUCCAAGUCGCGAAUCCCGACUCAGAGUUGAACGGCCAAUGGCAGAGGCCCAAAUCCCGAAAUGUUCUGUGAUUGGACAUCAUGUAUCGAAUCAGAACACAGGAGCUCAGAUUGCUUAGUCCAGACUCAAGCUCAGCCAAAUGCAGACCACUGGAUACAUAACACAUGCCUGCUUCCUUGCGGAACAUCUUCAGGAGAAGAAAGGACUAAGGAGUAGAUCCUACACAAAUCCCUUGCUCUGCUUUCCUUUGGAUCACAAGGGCAUCCUGAUCAAAUUUGCAGAUGACACCAAACUGGGAGGGGUGGCUAACACCCCAGAGGACAGGAUCACACUUCAAAACGACCUUGACAGAUUAGAGAACUGGGCCAAAACAAACAAGAUGAAUUUUAACAGGGAGAAAUGUAAAGUAUUGCACUUGGGCAAAAAAAUGAGAGGCACAAAUACAAGAUGGGGGACACCUGGCUUGAGAGCAGUACAUGUGAAAAGGAUCUAGGAGUCUUGGUUGACCACAAACUUGACAUGAGCCAACAGUGUGACGCGGCAGCUAAAAAGCCAAUGCAAUUCUGGGCUGCAUCAAUAGGAGUAUAGCAUCUAGAUCAAGGGAAGUAAUAGUGCCACUGUAUUCUGCUCUGGUCAGACCUCACCUGGAGUACUGUGUCCAGUUCUGGGCACCACAGUUCAAGAAGGACACUGACAAACUGGAACGUGUCCAGAGGAGGGCAACCAAAAUGGUCAAAGGCCUGGAAACGAUGCCUUAUGAGGAAUGGCUAAGGGAGCUGGGCAUGUUUAGCCUGGAGAAGAGGAGGUUAAGGGGUGAUAUGAUAGCCAUGUUCAAAUAUAUAAAAGGAUGUCACAUAGAGGAGGGAGAAAGGUUGUUUUCUGCUGCUCCAGAGAAGCGGACACGGAGCAAUGGAUCCAAACUACAAGAAAGAAGAUUCCACCUAAACAUUAGGAAGAACUUCCUGACAGUAAGAGCUGUUCGACAGUGGAAUUUGCUGCCAAGGAGUGUGGUGGAGUCUCCUUCUUUGGAGGUCUUUAAGCAGAGGCUUGACAACCAUAUGUCAGGAGUGCUCUGAUGGUGUUUCCUGCUUGGCAGGGGGUUGGACUCAAUGGCCCUUGUGGUCUCUUCCAACUCUAUGAUUCUAUGAUUCUACAUCAGCCAGGCAGAGGGGGGGGGGUCUUGUCAUCUGGGUAGCCCAGGACCUCCACACACACUGCCCAGGAUUGCACCCUGGGGAGGUCACUUGGGUGCUGCUAACACAGCGGUUUGACUUCACCCUCGGAGGAGCACUCCAUUUUUAUCUUGAGACAGACAGAGGCCAACAGCCACGGUAGCCAAUUAAGUGCUUGAUCACAUAAAGAAAGUGGCUGAGAUGAACUAGCUGUGGCUUUCUGCCAGCUGCAACAACUCUGUUUGAAAGAGUCCUCUGUUAGAAGGUUUGUCUUUUCCAAAUUCAGAUUAACGAUAAGGAGCUGUCGGAAGGCAGAGCAGGGGAGGGGCCUUGGCCUUGGCCAUGAGCACCUGCACAAAAGACUCAGCAGGUAAACAGCUCACCUGGUGGCAGAGGGAAGCAAUGACUUUAGCCUAUGCAUUGGGUGUCUGUUGUAUUUAAUCAAUUUGCUGCUAUUUUCUGCGCUGUUUUUUAUAUCUCACCUUGAGACAAGCAGGUGUAAAGUGUACAAGGGUCAGCAAACUUUUUCGGCAGGGGGCCGGUCCACUGUCCCUCAGACCUUGUGGGGGGGCCGGACUAUAUUUUGAAGGGGGGGGGGGAGAAUGAACGAAUUCCUAUGCCCCACAAAUAACCCAGAGAUGCAUUUUAAAUUAAAGCACACAUUCUACUCAUGUAAAAACACGCUGGUUCCUGGACUGUCUGUGGGCCGGAUUGAGAAGGCGAUUGGGUCGGAUCCAGGGCCUUAGUUUGCCUACUCAUGGUGUAAAGAUUUCCAAGAGCUUCAAUCCUCCAAAAACAUUAAAAAUCAUUUUUAAAAAGCCCAAUAAACAUUGAGAGGGCACCAGCCCUGAAAUAUGCUCGGAGUCGAGAAUGGAUUUCAUGCUCUUUAUUCAGCUCAUAGUGGUGAGGAGGAAUGGAAGUUCACCCAGAACGUCUGCUUUAUAUACAUUAUUUACACAAUGGGCCCACUUGAUUGGCUAAUUCCGGGAUUCUCCUGUAGGCCAAUCAGGUUGUGGAUUCACUUCCACCUGGAGCUGGAUUGGGUGGCUCCUGCGGACCAAUCAGACUGCUGCACUUUGGAUCCUAUUGUUCUGGACCAAUCAGACUGCUGAAUUCUGAAUCCUAUUGUUCUAGGACCAAUCAGACUGCUGCAUUCUGGAUCCUAUUGUUCUAGGACCAAUCAGACUGCUGCAUUCUGGAUCCUAUUGUUCUAGGGCCAAUCAGACUGCUGCAUUCUGAAUCCUAUUGUUCUAGGACCAAUCAGACUGCUGCAUUUUGGAUCCUAUUGUUCUAGGACCAAUCAGACUGCUGCAUUCUGGAUCCUAUUGUUCUAGGACCAAUCAGACUGCUGCAUUUUGGAUCCUAUUGUUCUAGGACCAAUCAGACUGCUGCAUUCUGGAUCCUAUUGUUCUAGGACCAAUCAGACUGCUGCAUUCUGAAUCCUAUUGUUCUAGGACCAAUCAGACUGCUGCAUUUUGGAUCCUAUUGUUCUAGGGCCAAUCAGACUGCUGCAUUCUGAAUCCUAUUGUUCUAGGACCAAUCAGACUGCUGCAUUCUGAAUCCUAUUGUUCUAGGACCAAUCAGACUGCUGCAUUCUGAAUCCUAUUGUUCUAGGGCCAAUCAGACUGCUGCAUUCUGAAUCCUAUCGUUCUAGGACCAAUCAGACUGCUGCAUUCUGAAUCCUAUUGUUCUAGGGCCAAUCAGACUGCUGCAUUCUGAAUCCUAUUGUUCUAGGACCAAUCAGACUGCUGCAUUCUGGAUCCUAUUGUUCUAGGGCCAAUCAGACUGCUGCAUUCUGAAUCCUAUUGUUCUAGGGCCAAUCAGACUGCUGCAUUCUGGAUCCUAUUGUUCUAGGACCAAUCAGACUGCUGCAUUCUGAAUCCUAUUGUUCUAGGGCCAAUCAGACUGCUGCAUUCUGAAUCCUAUUGUUCUAGGGCCAAUCAGACUGCUGCAUUCUGAAUCCUAUUGUUCUAGGGCCAAUCAGACCGCUGCAUUCUGGAUCCUAUUGUUCUAGGACCAAUCAGACUGCUGCAUUCUGGAUCCUAUUGUUCUAGGGCCAAUCAGACUGCUGCAUUCUGAAUCCUAUUGUUCUAGGACCAAUCAGACUGCUGCAUUCUGAAUCCUAUUGUUCUAGGGCCAAUCAGACUGCUGCAUUUUGGAUCCUAUUGUUCUAGGACCAAUCAGACUGCUGCAUUCUGAAUCCUAUUGUUCUAGGACCAAUCAGACUGCUGCAUUCUGAAUCCUAUUGUUCUAGGGCCAAUCAGACUGCUGCAUUCUGGAUCCUAUUGUUCUAGGGCCAAUCAGACUGCUGCAUUCUGAAUCCUAUUGUUCUAGGACCAAUCAGACUGCUGCAUUCUGAAUCCUAUUGUUCUAGGGCCAAUCAGACUGCUGCAUUUUGGAUCCUAUUGUUCUAGGGCCAAUCAGACUGCUGCAUUCUGAAUCCUAUUGUUCUAGGGCCAAUCAGACUGCUGCAUUCUGAAUCCUAUUGUUCUAGGACCAAUCAGACUGCUGCAUUCUGAAUCCUAUUGUUCUAGGGCCAAUCAGACUGCUGCAUUUUGGAUCCUAUUGUUCUAGGACCAAUCAGACUGCUGCAUUCUGAAUCCUAUUGUUCUAGGGCCAAUCAGACUGCUGCAUUCUGGAUCCUAUUGUUCUAGGACCAAUCAGACUGCUGCAUUUUGUAUCCUAUUCAACUCAGUACAUAACAAGCCCGUUCAAUAAAAGUGGUCAGUUUCCCAAAGCUUGUUGGCAUAAGUGCAAGAAGGAGGCAGCCAAUCUCAUAUCUCUAGGAAGGGAGUUCCAAAGUUCCACCUGUGUCCCCACCCAGCAUACCUGUGAGGGGGGUGGGGUGGAGAGAAGGGCGUCCCCCCCCCCAAGGAUUUCACAGCCCUGGGCAGGUAUGUAUGGAGGAACUUGGUCGUCCUAUCUGGACCUAAGCUGCAUCUGUUAUUGGCGCAGGUGGGCAAAGGGCAAGCUGCUGUGUUAACCCUUUGGGUGCCUCUGCUUGCUUCGAAGGCGGCUGGAAUGUCAGGCAGUGGAAACUACCAAGAAUUCAAAACAGUGGAGAUGCAACAGGAUCUGGAAGAGAAGAGCAUGGGAAAUCCCGGUGCUGGAACCGCGCAGGAACCGGAUUCAGGAUCCUUCCCGCCGUCUGCUCCCAAGACCAUGCUCUACCCGCGCCCUCACGCCGACCCCUACGAUUCAAGGAAAUACUUUGCCACAAGGGUGAGUCGACCCUUUUUAUUUCCGGGAGGGGUUGCGGGUCCUGCAAGAAAAGGCACGGAAUGGAAUCGUCGAAUGGGAAGGGACCCCAAGGGUCAUCUAUUCCAACCCUCUGCAAUGCAGGAAAGAGCCCUCCGUUUCAGAGGUGGGCCUCUUUCCCUCGUGCAUGGUCUCCUUUUUUUUUUGCAGGGAGGCGGGUGGGGCAGGUGGGUUGCGUGGCGAGUUCCCGCCUCCCCCCUCGGAAAUAAAGACACGAGACACCAGAAUUUUAGGUUAAUGGGUCAAAUUAGGCCACAACUUUAUUGAUUACAGAAAUUGAGCGGUAUUGGCUUAGGCAUUGGUCCUAUCAACUAACGGGCUUCAGCCUGCUUGCUUGAAGACUGGCAAGGGUUAACCACCUGCAGGGGGAGUCCUGCUGAUGCACAUCAACUAGGACAGGGGUCUGCAACCUUUAAGACAAAAAGAGCCACUUGGACCCAUUUCUGAAGAAAAAAAACUGGGAGCCGCAAAACUCGUCAUUAUAAAAAUAACUUUUUUGUCACUUUUUAUUAUUUCUUUGUUUGACCCCUCAGAAUUACUCCUCCUCAUAGAAAUAAACAUUAAAUUAACAAGUUACCUUUUUGUGUGUGUGUGUUCUUCACUCCCCUUCAAAACAGUGACCAGCGUACAUGCCCCUUACAAUGUAGUGGGCGGGCGGGAAGGUGACGUUGGGAUGGUGCGUGACUAACGCACGCACCGCCCCCAUGCGACGUCACAGCCAGUACAGCGCCCGCCACAGUGGGGAGUGUCGGGGCGCACAAUGCGCCUCCUCCCCUCGCUAGUAUCCGCCCCGGAGCCGCGGCAAAGGUGUAAAAGAGCCACAUGCGGUUCUGGAGCCGCGGGUUGCUGACCCCUGAACUAGGAGCUCCCCCGGGGUUACCGCUCGGGGGCGUGCCGUAGGCCCACACCUCCAUAGGCUUAGGACAAGGCCACGCCCCCCAGAAUCCUUUACCGGACUGCCAUUCGAUUUGGGGGGAAGGUGAUGGCGCUUCCUCCCCCCUUUUUCAUCUGCAUAACAAUACCCCUACCAAUGCCUAACCGCCAAUGCCAAGGAAGUUGUGACGGUUGCUACGAGGUAGGCGAAAAACCAAGUGGCUGGUGCCAAUUUGCCAAGUGGAAAAAUUCCUACCAGGCCCCUUAAUGGCGACCAACCAAAGUCCAUAGCAAGGUCAGAGAGCCUAAUCUAACGGGUGGGAGGGGUGGGAAAACCCGAUCAGCUGGAGCGUGGAAAGAGGGAGAUCCUUGGCCGUGCCAGCCCUAAAUAGGACGGGCCAUGCCUCCUGGACCAGCCGAUUGGCUGGCCGGGGGAUGACACGUCUGAGGAUUCCCCAAGUAUCGCGGGGGCUGUGACCCAGCCCCCGCAUGCGUGGGGAGGGGCGUGAAGCCCACAACCCCACCUCCUCUCCAGCUCGGAAGUGGCUUUAACAAUCUACCCAUGAUCCACUGUGUGUAGAAUUUUGAAGCCAGGGCAGAGGACUGAGAUCUUUGCUAUGCAGUUAAUGCAGAGUUGGAGGGACGUGGGUGGCGCUGUGAGUUAAACCACAGAGCCUAGGGCUUGCUGAUCAGAAGGUCGGCGGUUCAAAUCCCCGCGACAGGAUGAGCUCCCGUUGCUCUGUCCCUGCACCUGCCCACCUAGCAGUUCUAAAGCACAUCAAAGUGCAAGUAGAUAAAUAGGUACCACUCCGGCGGGAAGGUAAACGGCAUUUCCGUGCGCUGCUCUGGUGCACCAGAAGCGGCUUAGUCAUGCUGGCCACAUGACCCAGAAGCUGUACGCCGGCUCCCUCGGCCAAUAAAGCGAGAUGAGCGCCGCAACCCCGGAGUAGGCCACGACUGGACCUAACGGUCAGGGGUCCCUUUACCUUUUAAGACAGGGGUGAGGAAUAUUUUUUCAGCCAGGAAGAUAGGAAGCUGCCUUAUAGUGAGUCAGUAUGGACUAUACUGAGCUGUUUUGUUUUUUAAUUUGCAAUGGUUGUCACCCACCCUGGGACAUGCCCUCAGUUGGAGUUUCUGGUUAAUGCUCAACGCUUCUUCUUCAAUGGUUACGACGGUGCACAAAGAGCAGGCUAUGCCUGUUAUUUCCCUACGCAUGAUUUCCCUCUGUUCCUUCUCUCCUGUGAUCUCCUCUCUCGUUUUGUUCUUCAGCCUGGAGCCUUUGACCAAGCCAUGGAUGACCUCAGGGCCCAUGUGACAGCGAACAUGGGGGAAACGGCCCACAGCUUCUGGCUUCUGGCUGAGUAAGUCUCUCUUCCUUAUUUAUUUAUAUUUAUUCGAAGCAUCUUUGUCCCAUUUUUCAGCUGAAAAAGCUUCCAGAGUGGCUUAUGUGCAAUCAAAACAUGACAGUCUCUGCCCGCAAGCUUGCAAUCUAAAGCAGGGGUCGGCAAACUAAGGUCCGGGGGCCGGAUCUGGCCCAAUUGCCUUCAGGAUCUGGCCCGUGGAUCAGUGUGGGGAAUGGGGUUCUGUUCUUUCCCCCCCUUUUUUCCCCAGCCGCCAUUUUUUCCCAGCACUGCCAUUUCCCCCCCUCCCUCUCACGCACUGCAGCGGUGCCUCCUCCAAUAAUAAUAAUAAUAAUAAUAAUAAUAAUAAUAAUAAUAAUUUAUUAUUUGUACCCCACUCAUCUGGCUGGGUUUCCCCAGCUACUCUGGGCGGCUUCCAACAAAGAUUAAAAAUACAUUAAAAUGUCCUACUUGAAGUGCGAUCAAAGGCAGGCGCCAGUCACGGCCAAUCGCCUGCAAAGCUGUGUGAAGCCCUGGCCAAUGGGUGGGUGGCGGCUGCGCAGCGGCUCAACGAAUGAAAAGCUGUGCCGGAGCCCACCUCAUGAAGGAAUGUGAGUACGGGCAGAUCCCGGUACUCUGCCCCCCUACAAGGUCUGAAGGUCAGUGGACAGGCCCCCUGCUCAAAAGGUUUGCCGGCCCCUGAUCUAAAGGGACACAACACACAAGGGGAAAGGGAUGGGGAGGGAAGAGGAAGGUAACAGGUAGAAAUUGAUUAGACAGCCUGAGUAGACAGCGCUCUGACAUUUCCCCACUCCGAUCCUGUUAACAAGGCAAAGUCUGCCUCCUGAAUUUGAGCAAUUUUAUCUGCAAAGAACUUUGCAAAAUAGUUGCAGGAGAUCUUGGGGUCUUUACCAGACCCCAGUGGCAAAGGUGGUUCUGUUAAAUUGCGAACCACCUGAAAGAGUCUCCUGCUGCUAUUUUCUGCAGAUACAAAAGAGGCAGUGAAAAAGGUCCUCUUCGCUGUCGCUAUCGCCACUUGGUAGGCUCAACGUUGAGCUCUAACCCGUAUCCGGUCCGAUUCAAAACGAGUUUUCCACCACCGGCGCUCUAGCCGCCUCAGCGAUUGUUUCAUUGCCCUCAGGUCUGUGGAAAACCACGGGGCUGUCCGGGCUCCAUGCAAUCGGAGAUGGCGCUUCGGAGCCAGACAGUCAAUAGCCCUGGUUAACUCCGUAUUCCAGCGGGUCACCGGGAUAUCAGCUGAAAGGCCAUCAACAUGGGAUAAAACAUCCCCUACUACUCUCUGGAAACCAUUUGGAUCCAUUAAGUGGCGGGGGCGGACCAUCCGAAUCGGUCCCACCUCCCUGCAGAGGGGAAGGGUCACGGAGAAGUCCAGUUGCACCAGGAAGUGAUCUGGCCAUGGCACUUCUUUCGUUUCGCUUUUACUUAGUGUCAGAUCACACACAUCAAUAGAGGUAAAACCAGGUCUAAGGCAUAUCCGCGACGAUGAGUUGGGCCAAACCUAUUCAGGGACAGCCCCAUGGAGGCCAUGCUUUCCACGAAGUCCCGAGCGGCCCCUAGCAAGGUCGUGUUGGCAUGGAUGUAAUAAUAAUAAUAAUAAUAAUAAUAAUAAUAAUAAUAAUGAAAAUCCCCUAGGUUAAAUCCCCUACCAAACUAGGUGUCGUCUUAUGGUUCUAGGAAACUAACAAUCUUAUUUCUUUUGGCCAAAGGUUUUCAGAAGAGAUUUCUGUGUAGAAUUUCCCUCUUCCAUUUUCUAACCCUUCCAGAAUCUUCUCUUCCUGCUGCUGCCGCUGCAGAACUAGUCCGCAAAAUGGCACCCUCAAUUUUGCCUCCUGAAAAUCAGGCAGGUAGAGAAUUUUGGGGUCCUGUUUCCACUCGCCCCCAAAUUGCACUCCCACUGAGCCCUUCCCAAUCUACAAACACCGUUUGUAAGCUGGUUGGGGCAGAGACCUGUCUGUAAGUUAUAAGACCUGUGGGGUCACUGCAUUGAUUUCCUCAUGCUUUGCAACCAUUUCAAACACCCCCCUCCCUCCCAGGACAUCUUCCCCUGCACACCAUUACAGGGGUACCCCGCAAGACGAACGCCUCGCAAGACGGAAAACCCGCUAGACGAAAGGGUUUUCCGUUUUGGAGGCGCUCAUAAACGAAUUUCCUAUGGGCUUGCUUCGCAAGACGACAGCCCAUAGGGAAAUCUCAGGGACAGCGGGAAGCGCAGCGCGUCUUCCCCACUGUCCUCGGACCUCCUCCGAAGCCUGGCGGCGGGGCGGGGACACCUCCUCCCGCCGCCGCCGGGCUCGGAAGGCUCCUCCGGGCCGGGCGGGGGAGGGAACACCUGCCGCCGCCGCCCGGCCUCGGAACGGUGCUCCGGCCGGGCGGGGGAGGGAACACCUGCCGCCGCCGCCCGGCUUCAGAACGGUGCUCCGAGCCGGGCGGGGGGAGGGAACACCUGCCGCCGCCGCCCGGCUCCGGAACGGUGCUCCGGCCGGGCGGUGGGAGGAAGACCUCCCGCCGCCCGGCUCGGAACGGUGCCCGAGCCGGGCGGGGAGGGAACACCUGCCGCCGCCGCCCGGCUCGGAACGGUGCUCCGAGCCGGGCGGUGGGGAGGAAGACCUCCGCCGCCGCCCGGCCGGAACGGUGCCCGGCCGGGCGGGGAGGGAACACUCCGCCGCCGCCCGGCUCGGAACGGUGCUCCGGCCGGGCGGGGGGAGGAAGACCUCCGCCGCCCGGCUCGGAACGGUGCCCGGCCGGGCGGGGGGAGGGAACACCUGCCGCCGCCCGGCUCGGAACGGUGCUCCGAGCCGGGCGGGGGAGGGAAGACCUCCGCCGCCGCCCGGCUCGGAACGGUGCUCCGGCCGGGCGGGGGAGGAAGACCUUCUGAAGGCGGGCGGGGGCGAAGUCUUGCUCCCCUGCCUGCCUGUCCCGGAGGGCUUUUGAAGGCGGGGAGCAAAGACUUCGCCCGCCCGCCUUCAGAAGAGGUCCAGGACCUCUUCUGAAGGCUGGCGGGGGCAAAGUCUUUGUCCCCCUGCCUGCCUUCCCAGGGGCUUUUAAUCGUCCCGGACAGCGGAGAAGUCCUCCGCUGUCCCGGGUGAUUUUAAAUGCCGCCCGCCAGCAUUUUAAGAUCGCCCGGACAGCGGAGAAGUCCUCCGCUGUCCCGGGGUUUUUUAAAAUGCUGGGGGUGGGAAGAAAAGCCCUGUCCCCCCAGCCUUCAGAAGAGGUCCGGGGACAGACUGUCCCCGGACCUGGUCUGAAGGCGGUUUCCUAGGAACGCAUUAACUGCUUGUCAAUGCAUUCCUAUGGGAAACCGUGCAUCGCAAGACGAAAAACUCGCAAGACGAAGAGACUUGCGGAACGAAUUAAUUUCGUCUUGCGAGGCACCACUGUACCUAUUUUUCUUUUAGAUUAUAGUGAAUAUUUUUUCUGUUGCUAUGGAGAGAGCUAUGCAAACUGACAGGGCUGUAUAUAUAAAUAAUAGCAAUCCCUCCUGAUUUUAAAAAUCUCCUUAUGCUUCCUGCAAAAGUCCUCAAAGUUGUGGCUUUAAUUACAAUUUCUCGGUUGCCGCUGAACAGCAACCCAUCCCUCAAGGCAACACAUGGCGAUUGGAAGGAACACCUUGGCAGAUGUUGUUUUCUCCGGAGACCAUGUAAUUAUAAGCCAUGCAAAUCUCAAACAGUUGCCUAUAAAGAGCUAUAAAAAGAAUCGUAUAUGGUAUAGAUACCUGGCGAAUCAUUUGACCAGGAUUUGCUUUUUUGCAGUUUCAAUACUGCCCCCUGGUGGGUGAAGCCUGAAUUCUCCCAUAUAUCGUUUAUUUUAUUUAUUUCACAAAAUUGACACACUUCUUGAUUGUAAAGAGGAAAAACACCAACUUCAAAGAUAAAACAAGGAAAUCAAGAAAAAUUGGCAACGAUACUUUAAAAUAUACAAAAAAUGGAAAAUGCUAAACUAGAUUAAAAUUCACACCAAUUUUCUAAGCAUCUUUGUAGUUUGUCUAAACAGGAAUGUUGUGGUUUAAAAAAACAUCCAGGGGGGUUUGGGAUAAUUGGUUAUCCAGCACGGAGAUUGUUUUUCAGUCUGGAAUGAAAAAUUUAUCAGAGAGUGGGAUAUAUGCAGAGCAUAUGUGAAAGAACACUGUCAAAAGAUCAAUCCUUUGGCAGGUCUUGAUUGAACUUCGUUGUGUAAGUAGGAUAAUUUUAUAAAAUUAAAUUUAUAUAAGUCAAAUAACAUAGAGAAAGUAAAGCUUAAGCGUGUAUUUAAGGAACUUAAUUCGGGAACACAAGGGGAAGAUUGGAGGUCUUGUCAAAUUUAAUCACAAAUGGAUAUGCAAACCAAGUAUUAGUAAAAGAAUGAAUAAUGGUUCAUUUUUCAUUUCUUAUUUUGCCUAUAACUUCUAUUGCAUAUUUCUGUUAUAAAGUUUUCAACCAAUAAAGCAUUUAAAGAAAGAAGAAGGAAUGAAGACCUUGUGAAUGAGGCAGGGGUGUGAAGGUUUACUAGAUGGUGCAAAAAAAGAAUGAAUUGCAGAAUCUUGGCAUUGGAAGGGACCCUAAGGCUCAUCUAGUCCAACGCCCAGCAACACAGAAAUCACAGCUGAAUGAUCCCUGAAUAAUCACCCAACCUCUGCUUAGAAAUCUCCAAUGGCAAAUCAUGUUGGAACUCAGAACUCCUGACACAAAUUGGCAAAUUUGUUCCUGAUAAUGCUAAUUAUGCAGAAUGAAAGAUCUCUUCCGCUAUAUCAAAUUAAAAAGAUUUUGCAAGAGGAGAUGGUUUUCGCAGAGCCCGGAAGGCACCAUUUGCCAGCCUGGUGCAACCAAGGAGGGGGAAGGAAAUUCAGUUUGCCUCCUCUUUUUGUGUGAGCUUUCCUAACUCAGUCUCCCCCAAACAACACACAAACCUAAAUGCUGCUGUUCUGAGAUCCCCGUUUCCCAUGCGUUGCAGCGGGUUGGACUAGAUGACCCUUGAGAGGUCGCUCCCCACUCAACAAUUCAGUGAUUCUAUGUUAACAGCUCAUUCCUUCCUUCGGUCUGCCAAAGUUCAACCGGGUCUGUGUUGACAGCUAGGGCCAUUCCUGGACCGAGAGAGCCUGGCCACCGUAGUUUGCGCAUUGGUUACUGGAUUGCCGCAAUGCUCUCCAUCUGGGGCUUCCCUUGGGAUUGAUCCAGAAGCUGCAGUCAGUGCAGAAUGUUGCAGCACGAUUGCUGACAGGAGGGAGGCCUUGUCAGCAUGCAACACUUGGGCUCAGAGAUCUGCUGCUGGCCCGAGAUCAAGGUGUUACAAUUAGAAACUGUUGUACGUUGAAUUGGCAAAAGUGACAGGGAAACUGAGAGGUCAUAGUGCUCAAACAUUUAUAAAAAAAUGGGACAUGUACAAAAAAAUACCUUAAGGAAUACUGUCGUAAUAUGACGUCAACAGCAGGCCUUGAAUGACUUCUGUGAUUAUGUGGACAUUUAUAGAAUAAUGUUAGUAAUGAAAAUUAACAAAGGUAUAUGGAACAACUGAUUGGUUCAAAAUUGGGGAAGGAGUACGGCAAGGCUGUAUAUUAAGCCCCAGCUUAUUUGACUUAUAUGCAGAAUUCAUCAUGCAAAAGGCUGGACUGGAUGAAUCCCAAUCUGGAAUUAAGAUUGCCGGGAGAAAUAUCAACAACCUCAGAUAGGCAGAUGACACAACCUUGAUGGAAGAAAGUGAGGAGGAAUUAAAGAACCUUUGAAUGAGGGUGAAAGAGGAGAGCGCAAAAUACGGUCUGAAGCUCAACAUCAAAAAAACGAAGAUCAUGGCCACUGGUCCCAUCACCUCUUGGCAAAUAGAAGGGGAAGAAUUGGAGGCAGUGAGAGAUUUUACUUUCUUGGGCUCCAUGAUCACUGCAGAUGGUGAAAGCAGUCAUGAAAUUAAAAGACGCCUGCUUCUUGGGAGAAAAGCAAUGACAAACCUAGACAGCAUCUUAAAAAGCAGAGACAUCACCUUGCUGACAAAGUUCCAUAUAGUUAAAGCGAUGGUUUUCCCAGUAGUGAUGUAUGGAAGUGAGAGCUGGACCACAAAGAAGGCUGAUCGCCGAAGAAGAGUUUGGAUUUGAUAACCCGCUUUAUUACUACCCGAAGGAGUCUCAAAGCGGCUAACAUUCUCCUUUCCCUUCCUCCCCCACAACAAACACUCUGUGAGGUGAGUGAGGCUGAGAGACUUCAGAGAAGUGUUGCUAGCCCAAGGUCACCCAGCAGCUGCAUGUGGAGGAGCGGGGAAGCGAACCCGGUUCACCAGAUCACGAAUCCACCAUUCUGAACCACUACACCACACUGGCUCUUGAAGGAUUCAUGCUUUUGAAUUCUGGUGCUGGAGGAGACUCUUGAGGGUCCCACAGACUGCAAGAAGAUCAAACUGAUCCAUUCUGAAGGAAAUCAGCCAUGAGUGCUCACUGGAAGGACAGAUCGUAAAGCUGAGGCUCCAAGACUUUGGCCACCUCAUGAGAAGAGAAGACUUCCUGGAAAAGACCCUGAUGUUGGGAAAGAUGGAGGGCACAAGGAGAAGGGGACGACAGAAGACGAGAUGGUUGGAUAGUGUUCUCGAAGCUACAAACAUGAGUCUGACCAAACUGCGGGAGGCAGUGGAAGACAGGAGUGCCUGGCGUGCUCUGGUCCAGGGGGUCACGAAGAGGCGGACACGACUAAACAACAACAACAACAACAACAAAAUGGACAAGAUAAGUAGUAGAUGCAUGGUGUUGUGACAGGAAGUCAUUAUAGAAGAAAGAAGAAUUUAUUGUGAUUGGAUGUAACACUUAUUACCGAUUUUAUUUCUCAGGACAAACUUUUGUUUGCUUUUUAAAAAACCAAUAAAGCAUUUAAAACAAAAAAACAAGGCGUUACUAUUAGUAUACAAAACCCUUCACUACUUGGGACCAGUCUACCUGUGAGAUCGUCUUACCCCAUAUGCUCCUACCUGAGCACCUGGAAUGAUGGAAUUGGCACUUUGGAAACACUUUGAAACUCCCUGCUUAGUGACACCUUCAUUGCACCUUCACUGCACGCUUUUUGGACUCGCUGAAGACAUUCUUAUUUGGGCAAGCCUACCCACACUGAGAAAGUUUGAGGGAGUUUUAAUUUGUUUUCACCUGUUCUAUUGCGGUUCUAGUUUUCUGCACGUUUUCAAACAUGGUGGCAUUUUCUAAAAUUUAUUGCAUUAUCUUGUUUUGCAAACGGCUUUGAGGUUUUCUCCUCUGUUAUAGUGGUAUAUAAACUUUAUUCAAUAAAUGAACUAUGCUGGGCCUCCUUCCUUUGCCCUGCUCCAGGAUAGACCACUGGAACAACGAGAAGGAGCGUGUCGUGGUCAUCACAGACUCCGCCCUCCUGGUCUGCAAAUACGACUUCAUCAUGCUCAAGUGCUUGGAGCUGCAGAGAGUCCCCUUGAGCUACAUCAACCGCAUCUGCCUGGGCCCUUUCACCUUUCCUGAGAAGUCCUUGGACAGGUGAGGCACACACCUGCGGGUGGUCAGCGUGAUUAUUCGGGGGGGGAGGGAGGAGGUUGUGAUGGCUCCAGCCUGCUUUUGAUAUGCGCUGCUGAAAUGGAGCCUGAAUGUUCAUGGAAUCACAGAAUCGUAAAGCUGGAAGGGACCCCAGAGGUCAUCCAGUCCAACCCGCUGCAGUGCAUGGAUCUCAACUAAAGCAUCACUUUGUGGACUCUCCUUCCUUGGAGGCUUUUAAGCAGAGGUUGGGUGGCCAUCUGUCAUGGCCAUCUGUCAGCUGAGAUUCCUGCAUUGCAGGGGGUUGGACUAGAUGACCCUUGGAUGUACCUCCCAACUCUAAAAUUCUAUGAUUCUAUAAUAAUAAUUAAUAAUUUAAAAAAUUAUACCCCGUCCUCCCCGGCCAGAGCUGGGCUCAGGGUGGCUAACACCAGUAAAAUUACAGUGAAAACAGUAAAAACAUAUUAGGGGGGAAAACCAAUUUAAAAUACAGGUUAAAAUGCAAUUUAAAAUGCAGCCUCGAUUACGAUUACGAUAUCUUUAUUGUCAUUGUCCCUUGCGGAACAAUGAAAUUGAAAAAUUUCAUUUUAAAAGUAGCCCAUAGAUCAAGACCAUAAGGGGAGGGAAACAUAAGGGUUAGACUGAGUCCAAACCAAAGGCCAGGCGGAACAGCUCUGUCUUGCAGGCCCUGCAGAAAGAUGUCAAGUCCCGCAGGGCCCUGGUCUCUUGUGACAGAGCGUUCCACCAAGUCGGGGCCAGUACUGAAAAGGUCCUGGCUCUAGUUGAGACCAAUCUAACCACCUUGAGACCUGGGACCUCCAAAGUGUUGUCAUUUGUGGACCUUAAGGUCCUCCGCUGGGCAUACCAGGAGAGGCCUAUGAAGAAGGACUUCCUUUUAUCUGUCCUAAAUCUUCCAGCAUCCUUCUUCACUGGAUGCCCAUUGCAUGUCUCCUCCGCCCGGCCUUUUCUCUAAACUGAAAAGCCCCAAAUGUUGUAGCCGUUCCUCUUGGUGGGGAGUUUCUCCAUCCCUUCAAUCAAUUUGGUUGCCUUUCCCUGAGCCUCCUCCAGCUCCCUUGUUAAAGGCUCCCUCUGGAGAGACUACGCAGCUGGCAAAACUCCCCUGUUCCAGCGAAGGAGACUCAGCGGUGGGCGAAGCAAAUGGACCUGGCAAAAGAGGAGGGAGACUUUGGUGGGGCAGACUCUCCUAGGCUCCACUCCCAACGUUUUCUGGGUUUAGGGUUAUGCGGUAAUUAUACGCCGUUCCAGGCAUCACGAGGUUUGCUUUUAAAAUAUAUAUUAAAAAGAUAAUCUUCAUCAUAAUACACGGUCCUUAAGAAAAUAAUUGCCGAGGUUCUUAUGAAUGGCUGCAUGUGAAUGGCACGGACAAGUUUGAACACAGCACACAUUCCAGUCGUGGAAGAGGCUUCUUACCUUCGCUUCCAACACCCAACGCCUUGUGAUUUUUGCAGGCUGCUCUUUUCAUUUCCCAGUUUGAAAAGGCCCUUCCUUUCCUGUUUGUUUUAAAAAUGCCAGGCUUCGUUUUGCUGUGUGCAUCUGGGGGCAAUCCUCUCUCGCAGAAGAUGCCCAGUUUUGAGCAAGUCUCUGCACUCUGCACUCUUCAGGGGGACACAGCACAUCUUCAAGUGCACAAACAAGACUCUGCUUUUACCCUCCUGCCUGGGGAGUGCUACUUGGAGGGCUUUAAGAGAGGAUUGGACAAAUUGAUGGAGGAGAGGACUAUCAUUUCCUGGAAGCCCCGGGAUGGGAGAGGGCUCUUGUGUUCAAAUCCUGCUAGGGGGUUUCCUGCAGGCCUCUGGUUGGGUGCUGAGAGAACAGGGUGCUGGAUUAGAGGGGCCCCUGGCCUGACCCAGCAGGCUCUUAUUAGGGUCUUAUGUUUUAAAUGUAAGUCACUUAGUCGUCAUUAGGUAAUAUGCAGCUUUCCCAUACAGGGAUCAAACCUGCAACCUUUGCGUUAUCAGCACCGCACUCUAACCAACUGAGCUAUCCAAAGCACAUGACAAGUUGUAGUAAUAAUACAGUCAUACCUUAGUUUUCGAACAACUUAGUUCCUGAACGUUUUGGCUCCCGAACGUCGGAAGUGACUGCUCCGGUUUGCGAACUAGUUUUGGAAGCCGAAUGUCCGACGAGGUUUCCGCGGCUUCUGAUUGGCUGCAGGAGCUUUCUGCGGCCAGACAGAAGCUGUGAUUUGGUUUUUGAACAUUUUGGAAGUCGAACGGACUUCCGGAACGGAUUCUGUUCAACUUGCAAGGUACGACUGUAAUAAUAGUAAUAAUAAUAAUAGUUUGAUAAUAGUGCAAUGUGGAAUGUAGCCCCUCCCCAAGAAAUAGGCAGAAUCAGGUUCAUGUGCUAAGAGGAAAUUCUGGUCUUAAUAUUCCAGCAUUGUUGGUAGACAUUUAUAUAUUCAUAUCUGUUUACAAAUAAACUUUUCCCCUCCAGAAACAAGUUGCUUAAAACAGCUUACCAAACAAAAAUGCAAGCAUAUAAAUAAUGCUCUUUCCGGAAAGCAAUUGCCAGGUUGCUGCACAUUACAGACUAACAUGCUCCCAGAAGACUGAUUCCCUGCCCCAAAGAUCUUCCAGUUUAACACAGCAAAGGGGAGCCUGAGACUCCUGGCCAGUUGAGCUGCGGGUUCCAGUUAAGCUAUGUUUCCCAAGUGCUGUGCAAAAUCGCCCUCCCCAUGCCAGCCAUCUCUCGCUUCCUUUGGCUGGUGGAAAGGAGGGGAGGGAGAGAGAGAAUUGGCUUGAGGUCACUGUUCCCAAAUUGCUCUGCCCACCGCAUGCCAAAGUUGGGCUCCUCUUACUGACUCUCCUCGGGACGUGCCCAAACUUGGUUUCCAAGUGGCGAGGCCAAGCCGGUGGGGUUGUUGUGGCCGUGUUGUGCUAAGGUAAGAGGGGGAGAAGGCAUCCUGUUCACAUAAUGGAAACGGAAGCAGUCAGCUUGGCACACCUGCGGAGCCCUGAAUGCUGCAGAGAUUAACUUAUUCAAACAUUUGGCCUCAUCUCACAAGUGACCUUGCAGUGACUCUCCCAUACCUGGAAAUGGGUUCCAAAGGUAGAGUGGUUUGCAGAUCUGCCCAGCACCUGGAGAUUGUUUAGAGGCUUCUGGAAAAGAAGAAAAAUCAUAGAAUCGUAGAACUGUUGGAAGGGACCAUGAGGGUCUCCUACCCCAAGCCCCAGCAAUGCAGGAAUCUUUUUGCCCACAGUGGGUCUCGAACCCAUGCUCUACAUUAGGCACGUCCAACAGGUAGAUUGUGAUCUACAGGUAGAUCACUGGAGGUCUGUGGUAGAUCACCGGUACAUCAGUGGCUCCCCCUAAAGAAGCUACUGUAAAAUAACUUUGGCUCCCCUAAAAAAGGCUCAACAUCUUUGCCCUGCACCCCUAAAAUGACCUGAACCACCAAAAACAGGGCUUUCCUUCCUAAAAAAAAGCUCAACGUCACUUUCCUCUUCCCUAAAUAAGCUCAACAACUUUUAUGUGAACCCCCAAAGCAGGGCUUUCCUUCCUAAAAAAAAAAAACUCCUGAACCCCCCAAAAGGGGGUAGAUCACUGCUAGUUUUUAACUAUGUGAGCAGUUAGCAGUCUCUUGGAAGUUGACCACCCCUGCUCUACAUGUAUUAGAUAAAUUCAAGAAGGAUAAAGCUAUCAGUGUACUAGACAGGGUGGCUCUGCUCUGCCUGAACAAUGGAAGGCAGCAAUGCUUCUGAAUAUCCGUUGCUGGAAAUCAGAGAAUGGGAGAGCUGUGUUUGAAUCCUGCUUGUGGAUUUCCCAUUGAGGCAUCAGGUUGGCCACAGUGAGAACAGGAUGCCAGACUAGAAUGGUCCCUCUUUCGCCAGCAGGCUCUCCUUGGUUCCCAAGGUAUAUAUAGGGCCUUGGAUAGUGGCAACCUAGCAGUCCGAAAGCACGUCAAAGUGCAAGUAGAUAAAUAGGUACCGCUCUGGCGGGAAGGUAAACGGCGUUUCCGUGCGCUGCUCUGGUUCGCCAGAAGUGGCUUACUCAUGCUGGCCACAUGACCCGAAAGCUGUAUGCCGGCUCCCUCGGCCAAUAAAGUGAGAUGAGCGCCGCAACCCCAGAGUCAGCCACGACUGGACCUAAUGGUCAGGGGUACCUUUACCUUUACCUUUACCAGCACCUUGUCUUUAGCCCCAGAACUCGCUGGCAGGCAAUGCAACUCCUUCAGCAGUGGUGUAACCUGAUGGUCCUAUCCUGCCCCAGGGGUUUAAGACUGAGAUAGGCCACACACACUCUGAAUAUUCCUUGGGACAAGAGUCUGCCUCUCUUGGCGUGGGUGUUAGUGUAUAAAACACCAAUGGGUUCAAGACUACACGCUUUCUGAAACAAAGCACAACCACCCUUCAAAAUCCACACUUCUCUGAAUUUUGCAGUUCACUUCUCCAACCAAGUAAUGUGUACAUAAAUGCACCUAUUAGUGAAAGCAGCAUGCAAAGUGCAUUAGAUAAGGGGAAAUUGCAUUGCAAAAAGUGCAUAUAGCAAUUAUACAAAACCUGUGUAUACACUAUUACUGUAAAUAUGCACUAAUGUGCUUUUGAAUUUGCUUUUUAAAAAAAUAAAAAUAAAUAAAUUGGCAACUGGUGUAGAGUAGUGAACUUAAGACUGGGAAAAUAUGGAAAUGAGAGAAAACCAAGAAUUAGAUUUGGUCAUCACACAAGUCCUUUGGAGCUGGUUAGAAUCAUUUUUGGGGUUCUUUCUCUACCUCCCAAGACCCAGCUUGCAGUCACAAUGUACAACAUGCCCCAUGGUAGAUUAAGGCCUAGUUUGGGGCAGUGGGGAGACCCUCUGAACAAGCACAGUACAUGUGCUACGGACUUGCCAUGUUUGAGAAGAGAUGGCGUCCCACCUCUGCAAAGGAGUGUUUGCUGCAGGCAACUCACACAUGAGCUUAUGUCAGAGAGAAUAAUCUAUCCUUUUUGCGUGUGUGUGUGUGUGUGUGUUUGGGGGGGAGAAUGGAGAGGUUUGUAAGCCAAAGAGUAUGGGGAAGUCUGUACCACCCAUUAUUCCACGGAUGAGGCAAUGCUGUUCACGGAGAGCCAAAAUGCCCUUGGCUAGUGAUCUCAUGCUCUUGAGAAGGCUGGGUGCCUGCUGGUUUUUGGACAGGGGAUUAGGCAAGACUGCAGCUGAGUUUCACUCUGUUUUUCAGCAGGUGGCAGUCUUCCCUCUGGCUACAGGAGGGAUGGAUGUCCCCAAGGGAGGGGGGCGCGCAAGGAGAACGAAGGCGCUCCCAAGGGUUAUUUCCAGGCAACAUGUCAAACCAUUUUCUCCUUGCUCUGCCCUUGAGGGCUCUAAAUAUUCACCCCGGAGAGAGUACAAAUUCUAAGGCCGGGGAGAAUUUGCUGGCCGAGGUCCUUGCGUUUGCUGGAAGGGAUACAGGAUUCCUGUCCUUCCUCUAGCCUCGCUGGCCCAAGGAUGGCAUGUGCACAAUCUAAGAGUCUUCCACCCCACUGUAUAGCAUUGUGAGAGAUUUGGGGCUGGCGUGGAGACAACGCUCAGAUUGUAUAAGACUUAAUGGGCAUGCCUGAGAUGCUCAGAUGGCCCUGAGCACUGAGAAGAGGUUCUGGCUUAGGGAACAGAGGACCUUUUGUUGCUGAGUCGUUUAGUGGUGUCCGACUCUUCGUGACCCCCUGGACCGGAGCACGCCAGGCACUCCUGUCUUCCACUGCCUCCCGCAGUUUGGUCAAACUCAUGCUGGUAUCUUCGAGAACACUAUCCAACCAUCUCGUCCUCUGUCGUCCCCUUCUCCUUGUGCCCUCCAUCUUUCCCAACAUCAGGCUCUUUUCCAGGGAGUCUUCUCUUCUCAGGAGGUGGCCAAAGCAUUGGAGCCUCAGCUUCAGGAUCUGUCCUUCCAGUGAGCACUCAGGGCUGAUCUCCUUCAGAAUGGAGAGGUUGAUCUUCUUGCAGUCCAUGGGACUCUCAAGAGUCUCCUCCAGCACCCUAAUUCAAAAGCAUCCAUUCUUCGGCGAUCAGCCUUCUUUAUGGUCCAGCUCUCACUUCCAUACAUCACUACUGGGAAAUCCAUAGCUUUAACUAUAUGGACCUUUGUUGGCAAGGUGAUGUCUCUGCUUUUUAAGGUGCUGUCUAGGUUUGCCAUCGCCUUUCUCCCAAGGUGCAGGCGUCUUUUAAUUUCGUGACUGCUGUCACCAGAGGACCUAUUUGGAUGCAAAAAGCUCCAGGGUCAACCUUUGACAGCAUCUGCAGGAGGGCUGCAGCCAGGGGUCAAUGCAAAGAUAAGAACACAGGAAGAGUCUGUUGGAUCAGGCCCCUCUAGUCCGGCCUCCUGUUCUUACAGAGCAGGACCAGAUACCCCAGUGGGAAACCAGCAAGCAGGAUCCCAGCACAAGAGCAGCUCUCGCCUCCCGUGGUCCCCAGAAAAUGGGAUUCAGAAGCUGCCUCCAUCCAUGGGGGCAGAGCAGAGCUAUUGAUUGCCCUUUCCUCCUCCUCCAUGAAUUGAUGGAUCUUCUUUUCAAGCCAUCCAAGUCAAUGGCCAUCAUUGUUUCCUGCACCAUAGGAGGGGAGAGGGCCCUUGGGCUCCAAUUCUGCUUGGGGGUUUCCCAGAAGGGUAUCUGACCAGCCACAGGAUGCUUCGUGAGAUGGGCUCCCUAUGGUCUGAUCCAACAGGGUCCUCUUAAGUUCCUAUCAGGCCAAAGGCCCAGACAUCCUUAGUUCAUUUGUUAGAGCAUGGCGCUGAUAACGCCAAGGUUGUGGGUUUGAUCCCCGUAUGGGACAGCUUCAUAUUCCUGCCUUGCAGGGGGUUGGACUAGAUGAUCCUCAGGGUCCCUUCCAACUCUCUGGUUCUAAGAUUCUAUUCUAUUCUUGGUGAUCCUGAGAGGUAGAACGAGGAAAAACCGUUGACAUCUACCGUAUUUUUCGCUCCAUAAGACGCACGUUUUUUCUCUUAAAAGCUAAGGGGAAAUGUCUGUGUGUCUUAUGGAGCAAAUGUGUGGUCCCUGUAGCUAAAUUGCUGGAGUCCUGCUUUCCUGGCUUCUGGGAUUCAGAAUAUUUUUUUUUCUUGUUUUCCUCUUCCAAAAACUAGGUGCGUCUUAUGGUCUGGUGCGUCUUAUAGAGCGAAAAAUACGGUAUUUCACUUGUACUCCAUGUCUCCUGUAAAAAUAUGAUGUCAUAACCUUGGAUGAAUUUAACAAAGGACGGGUCAGAUGUCUUUUUAGGCCAGCCUGUGAUAUUCCAUGUUAGAAGGCUAAAGUUGGCUUUGCUGAAGUCUAGUCUUUGUCAGUUGUCUUCUGAAGAACUUUUGGAGUUUGCCAUUUUUUGUGGCAACUGUAUGUCAUUUAUUCAGCUGGUAUCCUUACAUGGUGGUCUCUGUUAUACCCAAUUGCAAUUCAAUGUAUUCCUGUUGUGUUUUGUGAUUUUCCUGAUAUUGUAAGUGAGCCGGAACUGGUCUGUGACCGUAAUAAUAAAAUUCUAAUUCUAAUUCUAUUCUAUUCUAUCCACCAUCCUGUUCUCACAGUGGCCAAGCAGAUGCCACAAACUGGACAUGAGAGCAGCCUCCAACUUGGUUAGAAGUUUUCAGGCUAGGAAAAGGAAGUGUUAGAGCCCUCCAGACUGCUUUAUUGUUUUUGUGGGGGUCUUGUGCAACACGUCAGUGAAAUGACCACAAACCAUUUGUGGUGGAUUUAUACCACUGAUGGCUGUUGGCUGUGAUGGCUAUGCCGUGUCGCCAUGGUCAGACGCAGAAAGGCUUCCGAACACCAGUUGGCGAAAACCACAGGAGUGGGGAGCUGUGUUCGAAUCCUGAAGCUUUCCCAUUGAGGCAUCUGGUUGGCCACUGUGAGGACAGGAUGUUGGGGAAGAUGGGCCCUGCAGCCUGAUCUAGGAGGCCCUUCUGGUAUUCUGUGUGGUUCAAUUUCGAUUACAUCCUGGGCUGGUGUGUUGAGGAAGGGGCUGAGCUGGUUGGCUUUUUUUGGUUCCUCCCCACUUUGUGAUGAUUCAAGGAUCUGUUCUGUUGGACGGGGUGCAGGGAUGAGAGAAGCCAGGAUGUUCUGGAUUGGCGAUGCCAUUCGGAGCAUGCCCGGUCUUGCUUGUCAAUCUGGCACGAGUCUCCCAGCGGAGGAAAGCAGAUGGCUGCCAUCACGUUGGAAGAGAAAACGCCACUGGGAGCCAAGUUUGUGGGUUUGGUGCUACAGCCUCUCCAUUGCCCCCCCCUCCAGAUUGAGAAUUAAAAUAAGAAACAAACAUCCAACCAAGAUCUGAAAGGAGGAUCUGGUUAAAUGCCCUCCUCGCACCUGAGUCAUGCUGAUUAUUUAGGGUGUGCUUUCUACCCCUUCAGGGGUUUGGUGUGUUCCUGCCAGCCCAGCCCAGCCAGAUAAUGCCAAAUCAGUCCCUUGGCGAUGUCUGACUCCAUCUCACUUUCUCUGUACCUCUCAGGAGGCAAUUUUAAAAGGCCGUUUUCCCUCGUUUGGAGCAGGGCUUUUUGAUCCUCUGGCCACCUCUGUCCUUGACCCAGUCUGGCUCCUCUGAUCUUCUUAUGAUUACCGACAAAUCUUCUAUGCAAUGUUGGCCAUACUGGGUUUCUGGUAGCUGCAGCUGGGACAGAACAUCUCCAGUAAGAUCAAGUCCUCUCUCCUCCUUGUAUCACACUAGGCUCCUCUUUGGGGCAGUUUCACCAGGUGCUUACCUGUGUCAUUCACCUGGAUGGGAGAGAAAAAAGGUGUAGAGCCAAAGCAAACUGCACAAGUGCACUUAAAGAAUGUCCCCGGGUUAAAUCAAAGAGCUGGUUCAAAGAUGCAGGUAAAAGGUAAAGGUGGGGUUGUGGUGCUCAUCUUGCUUUCAGGCCCAGGGAGCCAGUGUUUGUCCACAGACAGCUUUCCAAGUCAUGUGGCCGGCAUGACUAAACCGCUUCUGGUGCAACGGGACGCUGUGACAGAAGCCAGAGUGCAUGGAAACACUGUUUACCUUCCCGCCACAGUGGUACCUAUUUAUCUACUUGCACUGGUGUGCUUUCGAACUGCUAGAUUGGCAGGAGCUGGGACAGAGCAGCGGGAGCUCACCCUGUUGUGGGCAUUCGAACUGCUGACCUUCUGAUUGGCAAGCCCAAGAGGCUCAGCGGUUUAGACCACAGCGCCACGCACAUCCUUUGAAAGUUGCAGAGCAGAGCUAAGUCAGGGAACAGCAGCACAACAGAAAGGGGGGGGGAAUCUGCUCACUCCAAUCACAAAAUCUAAGGUGGAUUAUGAGCUGGGAACCCUGAGAAUCCCAACUGAAAGAGGAGCAAAAAUGGCCAGCGUUUGCUCAUUGGACUAGAUGACCCUCACGGUCCCUUCCUGUUCUACAAUUCUGUGAUUCUAUGUCAUUUAUUAUGCCCUCCAGUUUUGCAUUGUGUUUCCUUUGCAUAGGAAUGAAUGGAACAGCAGGCUGCUCAUUAGUUAAGUGUGUACAAUUCCACCACAGGAGCUAGGCAGAUAAGGUAGCUUUUUUAUGUCAGAAGUCAAACUGCAGCAGGACUGAAAGAGAGCUGUGUGCGGCCAACCCAGAUCAGAAGAGACAUUGAUGCCUUCUUGCACCCUUAUCUAUGAGUGUCAUGAACUAUCCUAGUUUUGUAAUAUAUAUAUAUAUAUAUAUAUAUAUAUAUAUAUAUAUAUAUAUAUAAAAUUUAUUAUUUAUACCCCGCUCAUCAGGCUGGGCUUCCCCAGCCACUCUGGGCGGCUUCCCACAAAAUAUUAAAAUACAGUAAUGCAUCAAACAUUAAAAGCUAAACAGGGCUGCCUUCAGAUGUCUUCUAAAAGUCUGGUAGUUGUUGUUCUCUUUGACAUCUGGUGGGAGGGUGUUCCACAGGGCGGGUGCCUCCACCGAGAAGGCCCUCUGCCUGGUUCCCUGUAACUUGGCUUCUUGCAGCAAGGGAACCGCCAGAAGGCCCUCGGCACUGGGCCUCAGUGUCCGGGCAGAACGAUGGAGAUGGAGACGCUCCUUCACGUAUACUGGGCUGAGGCCAUUUAGGGCUUUGAAGGUCAGCACCAACACUUUGAAUUGUGCUCAGAAACAUACUGGCAGCCAGUGUAGGUCUUUCAAGCCCGGCUUUGUAUGGUCUCGGCGGCCACUCCCAGUCACCAGUCUAGCUGCCACAUUCUGGAUUAGUUGUAGUUUCCAGGUCACCUUCAAAGGUAGCUCCACAUAGAGCACAUUGCAGUAGUCCAAGAGAGAGAUAACCAGAGCAUGCACCACUCUGGUGAGACAGUCUGCAGGCAGGGAGGGUCUCAGCCUGCGUACCAGAUGGAGCUGGUAAACAGCUGCCCUGGACACAGAAUUGACUUGAGCCUCCAUGGACAGCUGUAAGUCCAUAAUGACUCCCAGGCUGCGCACCUGGUCCUUCAGGGGCACAGUUACCCCAUUCAGGACCAGGGAGUCCUCCACACCAGCCCGCCCCCUCUCCCCCCAAAAACAGUACUUCUGUCUUGUCAGGAUUCAACCUCAAUCUGUUAGCCGCCAUCCAUCCUCCAACUGCCUCCAGAACCAGGGCCUCUGUCAUGUGGCCUGCCCUAAAGAUCCCUGCCUUCCUCUGGUGAGGAGGAGGAUGGGGGGAGGCUGCCUUUAUAGAUUGGAAGUAAGAUUCAGAUGCUAACACAGUCAGAUUUUGUGCAUGGAAUGUGAGGAGGCUGCCACCUUAUCCUUUGCCUGGGGCUGCAAAGUGUCUUGGGCCAGAUAGACGACUAAGACACACACACACACACACACACACACACACACACAUGCUUAUUGGACCCACAGCUCUUGACUUCCCUCCCCGAUCUCGCCGAUUCAAGUAAAGCAGUAGUCGUUGCUCACUUGCUUAACUCCAAAACCCGUUUGUUUGCUUAAAGUGUCGCAUUAGAAUGUCCUCCAAAAUGCUUUUUGCGGCAAAGGGGAUUCAUUGCAGGAAGCACCCAAACCCGCAGCCUGAAAUGCUUCCCCUAAGUGAUUUAUCUCCUGAAACCAUGCGGGUAAUUAGAGGAACACAAAGAGGAGAUUCGAAAAUCCCGGUGGGAUUAUCGCCAAAAGGCAUUGUCUGCAACGCUGGCCCUUAGGGUUGACGAGAGCAGCAACAGCAGCAACAACAGCCAAGCCCAGGGCAGGAAUUGGACACAGGCCUCUUUCAGGAAGAGAGGGGAAAUCGUGGACGGUCGCCCUUAUCCGGCCAAAUAUGGCGUGGUUGUCGUGGCUGAUAGCUCUCUCCUCCAGGAAAUUAUCCAGUCCUUUUUUCAAGUGAUCUACUUUGAUGGCCAUCAGUGCAUCUUGUGGGAGAGAGUUCCACAGCUCAACGGUGUGCUGCGUGAAGAAGUAAACUUCCAGGAGGGAUGGGAGGAAGAUUGGGGAGGGGAAAUGAGACAUAGCCAGGAUACUUUGGGCCUAAGGGUCCAUUAAUUCUAGCUUUGCCUCCCUCUCUCAGGAAAGAAAAUGCUCUUCAAAAGCAUGAAUAAUAUCUCACUAAGUCGCUAGUAAAGCCCUCUCUCCAUUUCCCACUUUGAUUUUGGGACGGCACUUAGGCUGCCUUGUAAACUGGGCUGCUGAGCACUGUAAUUAUCCCGGUCUUUGGCUGCGUCGCUUCAAGGGCGUAGUCUCUGCUCAGAGUUGCACCGCCCUGCAAGGCAGAACCAGUGCAUGAGAAAAGGGAAGCGAGAGGCAGGAGAGGGAGGCUGGAGAGAAUGGCUGCCUGGCAUCAGGGGUUCUUCAGCUGUGAAGGGUAGCUCAGUUGGUAGAGCAUGAGACUCUUGAACUUGGGGUCAUGGGUUCGAGUCUGGCAUCAGGUUAAAGAUUCCUGCAUUGCAGGGGGUGUACUAGAUGACCCCGUAGCCCCUUCCAACUCUGUAAAUCUGUGCUUCUGUGAUUAUGCACUGCAGAGGGUUACAUGUUGUUGUUGUUGUUUAGUCGUGUCUGACUCUUCGUGACCCCAUGGACCAGAGCACGCCAGGCCCUCCUGUCUUCCACUGCCUCCCACAGUUUGGUCAAACUCAUGCUGGUAGCUUCGAGAACACUGUCCAACCAUCUCGUCCUCUGUCGUCCCCUUCUCCUUGUGCCCUCCAUCUUUCCCAACAUCAGGGUCUUUUCCAGGGAGUCUUCUCUUCUCAUGAGGUGGCCAAUGUCUUGGAGCCUCAGCUUCAGGAUCUGUCCUUCAGAGGCCCCUUCAUAGAUCACUGCCUUGCUGUGGCGAAGGGGCUUGAAUAACUCAGAGAAGCUAUGAGCUAUGUUGUGCAGGGCCACCCAAGAUGAACAGGUCAUAGCGGAGAGUUUUGACCAAACGUGAUCCGCCUGGAGCAGGAACCAGCAAGCCACUCCAGUAUCCCUGCCAAGAAGACUCCAUGGACAAAGACAACAGAGGGUUACAUAAGAAGGCCCAUCUAGUCCAGCAUCCUGCUCUCACAGUGGCCAACCAGAUACCUGUAGGAAGCAGGAUCUGACCACAAGAGCCCUCUCUGACCGGUAGCCUUCAGCAGCCCUCUCCUCCAUGGAUUUUCCCAACCCUCUUUUUAAAGCCAUCCAAAUUGGUGGUGAGCACCGCUUCCUGUGGCAGAGAGUUCCAUAGUUUCAUUAGUGUAGGCCAGUGGUUGCGUGGCGAGUUCCCGCCCCCCACCAGGGAGAAAUAAAGACACUGGACACCAAGUAUUAAAGUUAAUGGGCGAAUUAGGCCACAACUUUAUUGAUUUCAGGAAUGAGAGGUAUUGGCUUAGGCAUUGGUCCUAUCAACUAGCCGGCUCCAGCCCGAUUGCUGAAGACCGGCAAGGGUUAACUCCAUACGGGGGAGUCCUGCUGAGGCACGUGAACUAGGAGUUCCCCCGGGUCACCGCUCGGGGGUGUGCCUUAGGCCCACACCUCCAUAGGCUUCGGUCAUGGCCACGCCCCCCCGGAAUCCUUUAUCGGACUGCCCUUCGCUUUUGGGGGGAGGUGAUGGCGUUUCCUCCCCCCCCACACAUCCUCUUAACCCCUCCUUACCAAUGCCUAACCGCCAAUGCCGAGGAGUUGUGACGAGUUGCUACGAGGUAGGCAAAAAACCGAUUGGCUGAAAUUGCCAAUUGGGAAAAAUUCCGACCAGGCCCCUUGCGGCGACAGACCAAAGUCCAUAGCAAAGUCAGAAGCCUACUUAAAGGGAGGGAGGGUGGGAAAACGGGAUGGCUGGCACAGAGAAAAGAGGGCGAGCCCCGGCUGCGCCGGCCCUAAAUAGGGCAGGCCACGCCCCCCCAGCCACCCGAUUGGCUGGCCGGGCGGACGACGCGCCCGGGAUUCCCUCGGUCUCGCGGGUGCUGCAACCAGCCCCUGCGCAUGUGGGGUGGGCGUGAAGCCCGCAACCCCACCUCCUUGCCAGGUCCGAAAGUGACUUUCUCAAACUUUUUUUCCCUGGCCACACUUUCAGAAGAAAAAAAUAUUUUUUUUAAUUAAUAAGAAAUACAUUUUGCCGGAGGGGGGGUGAAUUCUCCGGAGUGGAGAAUUCCUAGCAGUGCUUGAUUUAUAACCUAGAACACAACUACUUUAUAAUAUGAUCAUGGGGCGUCCAUAAAGUAUAAAACAAUGCAGCUACAUAAGAAGAUGAAUAAUUUCCCUGAUAUAAUGAUAAACGAGCCCCUUAUAUAGAUUCCUUAAGUUGUUAUACAAACUCGAUGAGAGGUGUGAGCUUGCUUUUGCCAGGCAAUCUCAUUUAUAUUAGGUCUAAUUCGAGUCAAACAAAUUCUCCUCUCCUCAUUAGCAGAAAAAAGCCUUUCUCUUUUCUGAUCUUCCCUAUUUGUCCAAGUUGGGAAUCUCUGCUCACAACAAUAUGUCGUGGAGAACUGUAGAAGAAUAGUCAGUGCUCUUGAAGAGGGGCAUGGCAUGGAUACUGUUUUUGGUUGUAUAUACCGUAUUUUUCGCUCUAUAAGACGCACCAGACCACAAGACGCACCUAGUUUUUGGAGGAGGAAAACAAGGAAAAAAAUAUUCUGAAUCUCAGAAGCCAGAACAGCAAGAGGGAUCGCUGCACAGUGAAAGCAGCAAUCCCUCUUGCUGUUCUGGCUUCUGGGAUAGCUGUGCAGCUUGCAUUCGCUCCAUAAGACGCACACACAUUUCCCCUUACUUUUUAGGAGGGAAAAAGUGAGUCUUAUAGAGCAAAAAAUACGGGUUUUUUAUGCUAUGCUAUGCUGAAAUGUUUAAAUCUUACUUUGCCUUUGAGUCUUCCUGCCCCCCUUGCCCUCCUCUCCUUUGAAAACCACUGCUAUUGCCUCUGGUGUUCCUUCCAGAUCAUCGGUUCAAAGAGUUCAGUCGUGUGUCCCCUGGAGCCUCUGUUUCCCCCCCACAGCAGCUGCUUUUUGGGGUUUGGAGGAGCUCAGGCCCGUGGAUAGAAUUGUAAGCGCUCUCUGAAAAAAACACACACAAAAAUUUGGUUUUGUCUGACUCCGUGCCAACCUCUCGGGGGACCGACUUGUCAUUAUGGAGGGAAGAAAGAAACUUCCCCUGAUGUCACGCACUCAGCAAAACCCACCAGCGCCCACUUGACCUCCGAGGUGCCAACCUUUCACUUCCUUUGGGUCGCUAACAUAAACAAACAUGGAGGCUGCAGCGUCCUGCGUUGCUGGGGAGAGAAGCCUUUGUGGGUUUUGACGGAGGAAAGGGUUUGGGCCACCGGUUCUUCCUGCAUGUUUGUGUCCCCCCCCCCUUUCCCCCUUGCUGUGCUUCCACACCCAGCCUGCGGAGCAAGAAUUUGUGUCUGCAUUUCCUCAUAAAUCUUGGCGUGCCGCCUGGGGCUACCCUUUUAAUUCCCUCUCUGAGGUUUGCAGGGAGGAGAGGCUCAGGCAGACAAAGAGGAUGGGAGCCACCGUUGUGCCGCUUUAGUCAUCGGAAUGGGUGCUCCUCUGUAGCUCUGGGUGAGGGAAGAAAGGUGCUUGCCAAAAAGGACAAUAGGGGGAACUUGGGGGAAAGACUGGAAAGCGCAAUAUCUGAAGAAAGAAAGGAAUGGACUCUUGGUGAACUUCUUGCUCUGGUGAUGACGUUUUGAUUUUCGAUUUAACCACUAAACCAUAGAAUUGAUUCCCCCCCCCCCACUUCCCUCCCUGACCAUUUCAUAGAAAAAUAGAAUAACUGAAUCCUAGAAUCCUGGUGUUAUGUACUGAGUUGGAUAGGAUCCAAAAUGCAGCAGUCUGAUUGGUCCUAGAACAAUAGGAUCCAGAAUGCAGCAGUCUGGUUGGUCCACAGGAGCCACCCAAUCCAGCUUCAGGUGGAAGGGAAUCCGCAACCUGAUUGGCCUACAGGAGAAUCCUGGAAUUAGCCAAUCACAUGGGGCCCAUUGUGUAAAUAAUGUAUAUAAAGCAGACAUUCUGGGUGAACUUCCAUUCCUUCUCACCACUAUGAGCUGAAUAAAGAGCAUGAAAUCCACUCUCGACUCCGAGUAUAUUUCACCUAGAAUUGUAGAGUUGGCUCAGCAGGAAUCUCAGCUAAAGCACCCAUGACAGAUGGCCAUCCAACCUCUGCUUAAAAACAUCCAAGGAAGGAGAGUCCACAACCUUCUGAGGGAGACCGUUCCACUGUGGAACAACUCUUGAAAUUGAGUCCGGAUCUCCUUUCUUGUAACUGGAAUCCAUUGGAUUGGGCCCUAUCCUCUGGAGCAGCAGAAAGCAAGCUUGCUCCAUCUUCCAUGUGACAACUCUUUUGAUCUUUGAAGAUGGUUAUCGUAUCUCCUCUCAGUGCCCUGUUCCCCAGCAUCUAUGACAGAUGACCAUCUGACCUCUGCUUAGAAACCUCCAAGGAAGGAGAGCCCACCAACUCUCUAAGGGAGGUUGUUCUGCUGUUGAACAGCUCUUGCCAUCAGUCGUUCUUCCUAAGGGUUAGUCUGAAUCUCUUUUCUUCUCAUUUGAAUCCAUCGGUUUGGCUCCUACCCUCUGGAGCAGCAGCAGAGAAGAUGCUUGCUCCCUCUUCCAUGGGACAGCCCUUGAGAUAUUGAAAGAUGGCUAUCAUAUCUGCUCUCUGUCUCCUCUUUUCCAGGCUAAGCAUUCCCUCAACUGUUCCUCAUAUGGCUUGGUUUCCAGACCCUUGAUCAUCUUGGUCGUCCUCCUCUGCACACCCUCCAACUUGUCACCAUCCUUCUUAAAUUGUGGUACCCAGAACUGGACACAAAAGUCCAUAAUGGAGCAGUACUAUUAUUUCCCUUGAUCUUGAUGGUAGACUUCUCUUGAGGCCACCUAGAAUUGGUCAGGGGCAAUGAUUCCUCUGGUUAGCAGUUUCCAGAAACCGCAGGAGGGAAGAAUUGCUCUUGAGUCCGGAUUGUGUUUGUGGGUUUCCCAGAAAGGGCAACUGUGAGAAACAGGAUGUUGGACUAGAUGGGCCAUAGACCAGAAGGCUCUUUUUAUGUUCUUUAGCUAGAUAGAAAAUCAGAGGCGGAGCUUGAAUAUCAAAAUACUAAAUAUCGGAAAUUGGCAAAGAGGCAGGAGAUGAGAUCUGUGCUUUGUUUUCGUUUUUUCACUUAUGUUCUGAGCCAGGUGCUUUCUGAAUGGAAAAAAAAAACAACAACCAGGACUUGGGAAACGUUUUGUCCCUGAGACGCUUUUUGCUUUUCAUGUUCCAGAACUUGGAAGCCAUCAAAGAGCCCCCGCUUGUGGGAUCGUCUCGGGGAGGGAGCAAAAUAAAGGUUUAUUUAGCUCAUUUCUCAGACAAUACAAACCCAAGCCAGAGUUUUGGCACCCACAGCAGAGGUGUUUGGGAGGUUUUACAGUAAUUACAUCUGAAAUGGGAAACCUGUCGUCCCCCCCCCCAUAUUUUUUUUCUAAACAUCUAAUCUGUCUCUUUUACUUAAGAAAAAUAAAAAGUAGCAUUAGUUUCAGUGUACCUACAAAUACUUCUUUUUUUAAAAAAGCAACCCCCCACAAUGCACACACAGAGAGAAUCAUAAACAGCUGAGUCUAGUUCCUUUAAAUCGGUGUGUUCCUGUAGCUACCCCCAAACACUCACAACUCACAAUGCUUCUGUUUUCCACCCUUCUCAGCCUCAUAGAAUGGUAGAGCUGGAAGGGACCCACAAGGGUCAUCUAGUCCAACCCGCUGCAAUGCAGGAAUCUCAGCUAACAAAUCAUGGACAGGUGGCCAUUCGACCUCUGUCUUCUGCUGCUCCAGAGGGUAGGUCCCAAACCAAUGGCUUUGAGUUGCAAGAAAGGAGAUUCCGACUAAACACCAGGAAGAACUUUCUGAUAGUAAGAGCUGUGGAACAGUCUCCCAUGAGAAGUGGUGGACUCUCAUUCACCAAACAUUUUUCAGCAGAGGUUGGAUUGUCAUGGAUAAUAAUAAUAAUAAUAAUAAUAAUAAUAAUAAUAAUAAUAAAAUUUAUUUAUACCCCUCCAUCCCCAGCCAAGACCAGGCUCAGGGCGGCUAACACCAGAUAUAAAAACAAUUGAUUGAAAUACAACUUUAAAAACAAGAUUAAAAUACAACAUUAAAACAUUAAAAUGCAGCCUCAUUUCAGUGGAAACUCAAAUCAAAAACUUUUGGGGGGAUGAAAACGUCAAGUCUUCACCAAGGCCAACUAUCCAGACUGGUCCUACGUGGGCCAGAAAAAAGCCAGGGAAGUCCCCAAGUAGGAGUUCCAUCACAGAAGGAGAAAGGGAAAGGGAAAGAGGGGGAGGAGAUCAAGUUGAUUCGAAGCCGAAGGCAAGGUGGAACAACUCUAUCUUACAGGCCCUGGGGAAAGAAAUCAGAUCCUGAAGGGCCCUGGUCUCAUGAGACAGAGCGUUCCACCAGGCCGGAGCCAGUGUUGAGAAGGCCCUGGCCCUGGCGGAUGCUUCAGCUGUGAUUCCUGCAUUGCAGGGGGUUGGACUAGAGGACCCUCAGGGUCCCAACUAUACAACCAUAUGAUUCUUGUGCCUCCUCUAGCGUUCUCAUUCUAUGAAACAAGAAAGCCAUUGUGGCACAAUGGUUAGAGCAUUGGACUAGGACCUGGGGGAUCAGCGUUCGAAUCCCCAAACAAGCCACAAAGUUCACUGGGUGACCUUGGGCCAGUUACCACCUCUAUGCUUAAUCCACAGGGUUGUUUUGAGGAUGAAUUGUGGGUAGAGAACAACCGUGUACACCAGUUUGAGAUGCUUGGGAAGUAAAGGUGGUAUAUAAAUGAAAGAAACAAACCAAUUGCCGUCCUUGGUCUGUCUGCCGAAAAAGACAGGGCCUCCUCACCUGUCCAAAUGUUUCGCUUUCUAGGAGGGAGGGAGAAGGCCUGAGGAUCUUCUGGGACAAACAGCGAGAGCCAUCUCUCCUGGCGCGCUGGAACCCCUUCUCCACCGACAUGCCUUACACGACCUUCACAGAGCACCCCGUGAAGAACAUCAACCAGAGGUUUAUCACCAUCUGCCAGGUGGGCCACAAUGUGUCAAGAGGACACAUAAAAUGGAUUGGGUUAAUAGUAAUACUGUGUCAGGCAGGGGCGUUCCCCCUCUCCCUUCGGUAUCUCACUGAUCAGAAUCAACGAGCCGUUGAUAGUUUUAUAGUCCUUUUUAUUACAGCAUCAUGUUGCCAACACAAACAGACAACCCUCUUCUUCCUCUUCUGAACUGAUCUGAACUGCCUGCUGCUGCAUUCCCCAGCCUUCGUCUUCAGAGUACAGUGGUACCUGGGUUACAUACGCUUCAGGUUACGUACGCUUCAGGUUACAGACUCCACUAACCCAGAAAUAUUACCUCGUGUUAAGAACUUUGCUUCAGGAUGAGAACAGAAAUGGUGCAGCAGUGGCAGCGGGAGGCCGCAUUAGCUAAAGUGGUGCUUCAGGUUAAGAACAGUUUCAGGUUAAGAACGGACCUCCGGAACGAAUUAAGUGCUUAACCCGAGGUACCACUGUAUUCCCCGACAUACCGAGGGUAUAAUCCAGUAGCUUCCAAAGUGGACAUCCCAAUGUUAGCAGUAACAAUUAAAAAAAUAACAGAGAGUUCCCUUGCAGCUCAUCUUGAGACCAAUCUCUCUCUUGAGAGCAGCUUGGAGAAAAGCAAUUCUGAGUGGGGAAACGGCCGGCAGGGAGAGGGUUAAGCCCCUCUCCCCACGCACCCAUUCCCCACUCCCAUUUGCAGCUUCCACGGACUGCUUUUCUUAAAAAUUAAGCUCUGAGGAUUGGUACCAACCUAUAAUUAGAGACCGAUGGACCUGUCAAUUUAGGUUUCCUAUUUUUUCAAUCUUAAGCUUGGUUCACACAUUUUCACAUCAGUUUGUGAUUCAUUUGAUUUUUUAAAAGAGGCGCUCCCAUAUUAGUGGAUCUGCCUGCUAAAGUAUUUACAUUAUUUUUUAAAAUUUUGAAGGUAAUUUAUAGACCACCUUUCAUUUUAAAAGUAACAAGGCAACUCCCAAACGAAAACAAAUAUAAAAUACUCAUUUUGUUUGCAAUUCUGACUGAUGGACACAUUUUUGCAAGCAAGUUUCCCAGGUAUAGUAUAUUGUUAUGUUUUCGCUGAAGUAUACCCACACGCUUUUCCUAAUAGACACGUUCUUGCACUCUUUUGUUAAUUAUUGGAGAACUACACAACAAAUUGCAGAAAAGUGUGGACUUUGAAGGAUGCUCCAGUCACAUAGCCAGUUUGAGAAAUCUGCAUAAAAAUGUUCACCAAUCCAAAUUUCUCCCCCAUAAGAAUUUAAGAAGAGCCUGGUACAGGAUCAGACCAAUGAUCCAUCCUGUGGGAAACCAGCAAGCAAAGGAGCAUUUGAGCAAAGGAAUCCUUUUCCUCCUGGUCUCCAGAAGCAUUGCUGCGUCCAGCCGUGGUCAUUGUGGCUAGUGGCAAUUGUGGCCGGUAGCCACCAAUAGCCCUUCUUUUCACCUGCGGCUAACCCCAGGUUAAAGAAGACUUGCAUGGGCGGCUGAGCCCUCCAAAUAAAUUUCCAAAUGGAGAAAUGCAGGAGGCAUGUGAGGGCGGUUGCAGUAGCCACAGUGGGCAUCAGAUAAAUGUCAUGGCGUGAAACGGAGAUCAUUCAAUAAUGGACUCCUGGUGCCUUAAUGUAAACAGGAAAUGAGUGGCAUAUGCCCCCCUCUCCCCGCAGCGUGAAAUAUAAGCUCCACAACCAUCGAUUUGAAACCACACAUGCUCAGGUCAAAAACAAUAUUUCCUCCUCCCCAAAUUAUCUCCCCAUCUGCACACUCGUAAGGAUGUCAGUAAUCGGAUCGCCCUGUGGAAAACAGAGCGAGAAAGGGAGUGUGAAGUGGCUUGUUCAAAGGGACGCUCCGUCGCCUCCGAGUGCUUUAAUCCAGCUUUGGGGAGCGUUGGGAAGUUGUCCCUUUUUCAAACCGCCGUCCCCCCUCGUGGGCGCAAGGAAAAGGAGAGAAAAGAGGUUUUAUUUCUCUUCAACGAGACGGGCUGGAUUUCUCGCCCAAGUGGUUUCAGGAAAACAUCCGAUUUGGCAAGAAUGGAACCGUUCACGCUUCAAGAGAUGAAGGAGCUGCUAGGAAUCCCACAAACUCCGAAGGCAAGGAGGGAGGGAGAUUGCGGGCUCUGAGAUCAUCUUGGGAGAGCAAGGGGUGAAACCGCACGCGGGUCGGACUUCUCAGGUCGCCCCUCCAGCCCCAAACCUUUCAUUUGCAGGACUCCAGGUGCAAUCGCUUUUCAGCAAUCCCAAAUAUUUGCAGCAGAAAACGCAGGCAGAGAUGUACCUCCGGUGGAAAGGGACCAGCACGUGAGGCACGAACACACAAAACACCGCCUUUUAGAUUUUACAGCAGCAAAAUGUGGUCACAAUAGGGCAGCCCGCCAGAAAGCAUGCAGGAAAAUAACACAGUCUACCAGGGCAGCAGAGACCUUGGAGACAGAGCAGAAGCAAACAGAUGCAGGAACUUGAAGUUUAAGCCCAGCCUAGACAUUUUGGCUUCCUAAGCUGUUACUAGCUAGGCUUGUCCUUUAAUAGUCCAUUCUCGCUAGAUUUUAUUGCCCCUUUUAAAAAAUCGGGUUUAGUCCAGGUUUCCAGCUGGGAUUUGCUGCAGCCGCUUAGAGCUUCACUGCAGGAAAGCGGGUGGUGAAGGACAGGAGAAUAAAUUAUUAGUAUUUCUGUUUAAUGCAUUUUUAUCCCAUGUUUGCGUGGCAAGGUCCCAAACCUUCCUGGGAAAUGAAAUAAAUACACAUGAAACAAUAUAUUUGGUUAAAGGGCCAAAAAGGUCACAACUUUAUUUGUUAUACAAUGUGAGUGGUAUUGGCUUAGGCAUUGGAAACCACACAACUAUGUCUUACUUCUGCCCGUCUUGGAAGGGCUAACCACCAGUAGGGGGAGCUCUGCUGAUGCACAUCAACUAGGGACUCCCCCAGGGUCACUGCUAGGGGUCGUGCCAUGGCCCUAGCCCCCCAUAUGGGGCUUCGGACAAAGACCACGCCCCCCGGAAUACCCUUGAAUUCAGAGGGGUAGGUGAUGGCCACUACCUCCCCUCCCCUUCACCUAAUACUCCAUUGCCUAACCGCCAAACCUUACAAAGUUGUGACGAUUUGCUACGAGGUAGGGGAAGAAACCAAAUGACAACCAAGGCGACCAACUGAGGUCCAUAGCGAGGUCAGGAGAUAAAGAGCCUAACCUAAGGGAGGGAGGGAGGAAGAACUAGCCAAGCAGGGAGAAAAACAGGGGUGAGUCCUUGGCCGUGGGCAGUUUAAAUAGCCUGCACCAUGCGACCAGACCGUCCGAAUUGGACGUCCUAAGGUUGAUGUGGCCGAGGACCAUUCAAUGGAGCAGGGGAGGGGGCUUGCUCCCAGCCCACAACGACAUCUCCCCAGGAAUGGGACAUGGCUUUCUCUCAAGUUGGGAUUCAAGGCAACACAUAAAAUUUUUGAAACAUUAUACAGUGGUACCUCGGAUUAAGUACUUAAUUCGUUCCGGAGGGCCGUUCUUAACCUGAAACUGUUCUUAACCUGAAGCACCACUUUAGCUAAUGGGGCCUCCUGCUGCCGCCGCGCCGCCGGAGCUUACAAUUUCUGUUCUCAUCCUGAAGCAAAGUUCUUAACCUGAAGCACUAUUUCUGGGUUAGCGGAGUCUGUAACCUGAAGCAUAUGUAACUUGAAGCAUAUGUAACCUGAGGUACCACUGUACAAGGAGUAAUAAGAAGAAACAAGUUAAAAUAUAAUAGAACACAUUUGGAACCAACAAUUAAAUUCCAAUUUGUCAGCCCAGCAAUCAACAUCUUCUGCACUUUAGUCUCCAAAGGCCUGUCUGGGCAGGAAGGUCUCAGCCUGCCGGUGGAAGGAUAACGAAGGAGGGAGCCAGUCCACUCUCUUGGGAGGGAACCCCUCAAUCUAGGAGCAUCCCAGGAAAGGCCCUGUCUCGAGAUGAGCAGGCGCUGAGGCAGCCAUCCACCCAGGAUAGGAUUUGGUUUGGGGCUUUUCGGUGUGUCGGGGUAGCAUGACCUGGAUUCCAAAGUGCCCUCUCCUUUCCCAAGAAGGCGUCUGCAUCACUUCCUGGUGGGCGGCACAGCUAAGGAAAACCCCAAGCCGAUUUCCAUUCAGGAUGGUGCCUGGAGACACCUGUCUCCAAAGAUUUGCAUUUGCAGAUGACGAAUCAGUGACUUUUCUGUGAUGUCAGCAUAUUUGAGAAGGGUGAGCUGCUCUUGCACUUGAGGGAUAUUGGCCAACUACAUCACACACUCCUAAUGCCUGCAAUCAGUUCUUCCGGCUCAUCUUGUUGGGAUAAGCAAAUUUAUUGCAGCGCUAGAUUGGCAUGGCAGGGAAGCCUGUGGCUGCAACUGGCUCAGCUGAGGGGUGGUGGUGGUGGCAUUGAAUGUCCAUGGCAUUCCUGCUGCUCAGGGAAGAGACCUCUCCAAACAUUCACACUCCAGCUUCUGUGGCGGAAGGAAACGUAGCUGAAAUGAAAACGUAUUUUGGGCCUGAUUAAGACCUGGAGGGAGUGAUAAAGGUUGAGAUGAAGGGGACAGAUUCCCACCUGCUUCUUGAUGUUCAGGGGCCCCAAAGCAGAGGGAUGGGCAAAUCUGCCAAAUUUGGUUUCUCAUUAUUUUCAGCCUUAAUUUCAGUUCUCUUUAUUUCCACAGCAGCUUAUUUCCUUCCUUCCUUCCUUCCUUCCUUCCUUCCUUCCUUCCUUCCUUCCUUCCUUCCUUUCUUGUCCUCAUGAACAUUUAUUAGCAUUUUUGUCCAGAUUUCUCCUAACGUACAGAUUUGUGAAUACAAUUUUGCCUAAUAUAUACAUUUUUUUGCAAAGCAAUUUUGGUGCAUGCUUCACUCUGGCAUGUACAUUUUGCACAAAUUACUUUAUUGGAGAACGGCAUUGAGGGUUUCAGAGAAGUGCAGAUUCCACGGAGGGCUGUGUUUGGGUUCCUGCACUGUUUCAGAAAGUGCAAAUUGAGUAGGUCCUCCUUUAAGUGGGAACCUGAAUCGAAUUUCUCACCCCACCCCAGCUGAGCAUGACAUCUGGCCUGGAACUGAGCUGGCAAUUCUGACUAUCCAUCAAUUGCUUAGUUCCAGAAAUACAGUUCUUUGCACUGAGGAGCUUGCAAUCUCCACAUCAAACUCUGAAGCGAAGUGUGUGAACUUGCGUGAAGAGGCAACAGGGGGUUAAUCAUGAGCAACAUGGCUUUGUUUCCCCCAAACACCCACCAGCUACUUCUUCCCGAGUUGUGUGUCUCUCCCUCAGGGCCGUCUUACCCAUAGAGGCUAGUGGCAUGGGGCGCCAGGGUGCAAAGUUCUGGAGGGUGCCAGGGAAGAGGUGGAGGCUGGACGCGGCACCUCCUGGCAUCAGCUCGCCACCCUUGCCCGCCUCCGCCAUGCCACGCUGAAGCAGUGCCACACCCGGAGCCUCCAUCUGCCAUGGCCAACAUGGCACAGAGAGGCCAGCUGAGCCAGGAAGCGCCGCUUCCAUCCUCCGCCUCUUCCCCGCUGGAGGAGCCGCCCUCCAGUCGCUGCCCACCCGCCGGCAGUGCCGUCCUCCAUUAAAAAACUCUGGGAAACAGGGGGGUGCUGGAGGGAGCUUUGCACCACGACGACGGAUAUGCUUAAGACGGCCCUGCUCUCUCUGUUUACUCUCGAGAUUUUGGCACCUCUCCACGGGGUCUGUCUGCCUGCCUGGCGUGUAACCCAACCUCCUUUGUGCUCCCCGAGUUCUGAGGAUGCCUCGGCGUGUUAGAAGUCACUGCCAUGGACCGCUUUUAAUCCUCGAUCUCUGAAUGGGGGCAGAAAGAGCCAGCUUCUUUCGUGUGCACAAGAUUCUGAAAGCUCCUGUGCACACAGAGCAGGAAUUGAUGGGGGGGGGAAGGAUUUUUCAUGCACCCCAUGAACCUGCAGCGUAUUUCCAGUGUGGGACACAAUGUUCUUUGGGGAGGUGGCAGAGGGGUGGUCGAAGGACAAGUGGAGAUUCCUGGUUCCUCGGUAUUCUCAGCAGUGAGAUGGCCGGGAUUCAGUUUCAAAUGUUAUUUGCUGCGGACGGCCAAGCAUUGCUUGGUUUCCUAGGCAGGCAGUUGUUUUCCUUCGGUUGCAAAGGGAGCGACCCACAGAAUGCACACAGUGGCUGGCCGGCUUUGGCCAUUCCUGUCGGGGUAUUUUUAAUAUGUGGGCAUCCUUAGCACCCAACCACACUUGAGAAACGGAGAUGGGGUAGAAAUUUGGUUUGGUUUGGCACUUGUAGGCAAGUAGACCUAAUUUUGCAGGGUGUGUGAACCAAAGCACAGAGAUCCUUCAAGAUUCACACUUCUCUGAAUUUUGCAAUGGAGGUCUCCAGCCAAGUAUUGCGUACAAGAAUGCAUAUGGUAGGGUGAAGCGUGCAUAGAAAGGUAUAUAUUAGAGAGGGUAACAUCCAAAAAUGUGUUAUAUUUGAGAUUUGCAAAAUAAAUAAAUACAUAUGUCCAUAUUGGACAAAACAGCACGUAAAUGUGCACAUUAGGAGAAAAUUGCACUAAAAUGUUGCUGAAUUUUCAUGUGGACUUUAAAAAAAAAAAGAUUUGCAAAAUGAUGUGGAAAUUUGGAGAACCGAAGAGUGGAAAAACUGGAAUCUCAAGCAAAACUUUCCCCGUGCCUACUUCUCCUGUCCUGGAUUAGUUCUCAAAAAAUUCCAGGGCAGUUCUGCAUCCUUGCGUAGAAGGAGUGGGGGAGAUUUGCAUUUGUAUGUAUUUGUGGCUUCCUGCUUCCUGUGGGAGGCAGUUCCACAGUUUGCACUGUGCAGAGAAAGCCUCCUCUUUCUAUCUGCAAGGUUAUGAUGGCCCAACAUAAAUUAUUACUAGACCAGGCUACAAAUAUAUUGUCCUGUUCAGCAGCUCCCCCAAAAAUGUGGCCAGCCUGACCGGAUUCUUCUCCUGCCCUUCUUGCAGAUCUCUGCCUUCACUGCCAUGCUGGUUCAAGCAGUCCAGAAUGCCGAAAGAACGGAUCUCACAGCUGGCCGAACUGCCGGGGUGGAGGUGGCCCAUGAGCCCCUCCUCAUAGAGACCUACACGGGGCUGAUGUCUUUCCUCGGAAACCGAAACAAACUGGGUUAUUCCCUCGCUCGGGGGAGUUUUGGCUUCUGAACGUCCGGCGAAUUGGGGGUUUUCCUUUUGUGGUGAAUGUGUUGUGUUUAUUCCCCUUGAAAUGUUGCUAAAGAGGGUGGGGGUUCUUAAUGAAAGGGCUGUGAGGUGCAACACCCCCACCCGGCCUUAUAAUGUAGGAAACUGUGUGCUGAGUCCAACCAUUUAGCUCAACGUGGGCAUCAUCUCAGGCUGGAAGCCGCUCUCCAAAGUUGCAGACUUUUCCCAGGAUUACCCUGGGGAUACUGGGGAUUGGACCAGAGAGCUUCUGCAUGCAAAGGAGCUGCUCUGAGCUACCGUCCUGGAAUGGCAAAACCUCCUUUUGCAGGGUUCAGGGCCACACAGGAUUUAACCACAGGGUCUGGAAAGAUCUCCCCUGUUGAAAGGAGCCGCAGUUCUCUAGAAGCCUGACAGCUGCCUGCAAGCCAAUGGCCCAUCUAGUCCAGCAUCCUGUUCUCACAGGGGCCAGUCAGAGGCCUGGGGAAAACCCACAAGCAGGAGCUGAGCACAAGAGCAACGCUCUCCCCUCCUGUGGUUUCCAGCAACAGGCGUUCAGAAGCAUCGCUGCCUCCAGCUAUUGGGGCAAAGUAUAGUCUGUGGCUAAGAGCUCCACUAGUGUUCAUAGAAUUGCAGAAUUGGAAGGGUUCUUCUAGGUCAGCCAGCUUCAGUGCAGGAAUGUGGUAUCUGAGGAACAUCUGAACAUGAUCCUCCUUGGUUUUUUUCCAUUGCAAGCUUCUCUCCUGAUAACUCAGGUGUUUCAACACCUGAGCUGGAUGCUUACCUGAGAUUCCUGCAUAGAUGGCACUCGGGGUCCUUUCCAGUCUUUGAUUCUAUGAGCAUUAAGAGAAUCCUCAGGAAAAAUAAUCUCUCAAAGGACCUGUUGAUGGCAUUUUACCAUUACACUGUGGAGAGCGUAUUAACUUAUGGGCUGUGUGUGUGGUUUGGGAGCUGCACAGUCAGGGAAAAAACAAUGCUGUCCAGGGUUGUAAAGACUGCAGAGAGAAUAAUUGGGUGCACUCUUCCCACCUUGGAUCAAAUCUAUGCUUCCAGGUGCCAUAAGAAAGCUGCAGAGAUAGCGCAGGAUAGUGCGCACCCCGGAAAUGAUCUCUUUCAGCUUCUGCCUUCUGGAAGAAGGUACAGGGUUAUAAAGACUAGGAUCAGCCGCCUGAGAAACAGUUUCUAUCCAAAUGCGAUUUUGGUUUUAAAUGCAGUGUAAGGUAGUCUCUAUGGGAGUGUAUUGUAUUGAAUUAUGGGGUAUCAGAGUUUUUAGGGGGCUAACCAGGCUGGGAUAGCUGGGAUAGCAGCCUUGUUGGUUUCUGAAUGUCUGAUGUAGAUUUUCAAUUUCGUUGUUCUGUACGGGACAAUGACAAUAAAGAUUAUCGUAUCGUAUUAAGCUCAUUGUAUCUAAAAUGCAGUGACAAGAAUAAAGAAAAUCCGUGGCACAUUUCGGUGAAUCUGGCCCUGUUGCCAAAGCAAACCCACCCUCGCCUAGUCCCAGGUUCCCACCUCUACAACCUAGGGAUUAGGCAAGCCUACCCAGCAAGGCUGUUGUACGAGGCAACGUGGAGUCCUCAGAACACUCUGCGGCUACAGUCCUAAGCCACUGAAUUCCAUGGGGCACAAUGCGAAUUGUGUAGGACUGUGCCCUAGGCUGCAAUAUAAUUGCUAUUAUUUCAGUGAGAGUGGCUGAACAACUGUUGCUGUAAACCAUAGAAGGAAAGAGUUGUGCUCUUGUGCUCAAGUCCUUGUUUGUGGGUUUCCCAUAAUGGGCAUCUUGUCAGUGAAGUUCUACUCAGUAUUGAUCCAGAGUAGAUCCCAAUGUAUAGUUAGCAGAGUAACAACUUAAACAUGUUGCAGGAUUCCCAACAAAUAGACCAGAGGCCAUUGUAUUUCAUCCAGCAGAGCUUUACUGCUACUGAAGGCAAAUGAGCAUAAUGGUCACAAAUCCAUUACAUUCAGGAUUGGCACUGUCCAUAAGAAAUCCAGUUGCAGCAGACCUAACUUAAUCUUACAAUAACUUAAAAUAGGACUAAACCUUAACACUAAGAAUACUAUGGAAGUGAGAGCUGGACCAUAAAGAAGGCUGAUCGCCGAAGAAUGGAUGCUUUUGAAUUCUGGUGCUGGAGGAGACUCUUGAGAGUCCCAUGGACUGCAAGAAGAUCAAACCUAUCCAUUCUUAAGGAAAUCAGCCCUGGGUGCUCACUGGAAGGACAGAUCGUGAAGCUGAGGCUCCAAUACCUUGGCCGCCUCAUGAGAAGAGAAGACUCCGUGGAAAAGACCCUGAUGUUGGGAAAGAUGGAGGGCGCAAGGAGAAGGGGACGACAGAGGACGAGAUGGUGGGACAGUGUUCUCGAAACUACCAGGGUGAGUUUGACCAAACUGCGGGAGGCAGCGGAAGACAGAAGUGCCUGGCGUGCUCUGGUCCAGGGGGUCAUGAAGAGACGGACAUGACUAAACGACUCAACAACAACAACAAGCAUACUAUGUAUAGGACACCACACCAGAAAUAAAAGAGAUAGAGAAACCCAGACUCCUUCUGGCCUCACUAUUAUAGCCUGCAUGACCUUGACAGAAUUUAAGCCAACUGUACUCAUCUUCUCUGAAGGAAUAACCCAAACAACAUGAACCUUCUGCUUGUUUCUUUCACGCAGAGGAGCUUCCAGAACCCUCUUGAAUUAAGUAGAAUAGGAAAGACCUCUACACAUCAGGGCAAUACUUUCGGCACUAGGAAAUGCAAACUGGCACAUCUGGUCGGCCACUGUGAGAACAGGAUGCUGGACUAGGGGAUAAGAGAGGUCAUCUGGAAGACAGGUCACACCCACCUGUCCAGGUGUUGGAAUUGGCUUUGCAGUUGGGUCAGAGAAGGCUAAAGGCACCUGGGGAAUUGGGGCUGGGUGCAGGAUGGAUGGGGUCCCCAACAAUGUGCCAUCUGGUGCCCACCCUACGAAUGAGACACACACACACACACACACUUCCCAUAGCAAAUGACAGGUCAUGAUAGCCUAAUCUAGGUGACCCUGGUGCCUCAAUCUGUACCCCAACCAUGGACCAGAAGAACAACUGUUUAGAGAUUGCUGCUUGAGUUUGAUUUUCCUCGUCCCUCUUUGUCUCUUUUCCUUUGUGUACCAUGUUUUUCUUUUUUCUAUUGUACGUCCGUGGGAAGAGACUGCCUUGUUUUGAUAGUAUGUAAGCUGCUCUGGGAGCCUUUAUUUGCUGAGGAGCAGUGCAAAAAUGGUCCCAAUAAAGACAUAAAUAUUCUGUGUUACCAUAUUAA